AUGUGGGAUGGUUUUUCCGAGAAGACCUCUCUGGCUGCUAGUGGAGCCACAUCAGCAGAACACACUGACAUCUCUCACAAGUUUACUUUGACAGCCCACCUGGGACCAUGGCUGCUCUAUAAACAUGGACUGAGGUCUUAACCUGCACAGUUAGAGAACUCUCUGGGGAACCAAUAAGGGUACAUUUAAAUCCUGGAUUAAAACAGAGGCACCACACAAACAGACAAACAUGCACAAACAUGCGCACGUACUUACGCACACAAACCUACACACACACCCACAUACACAUUUGCCUUUAAUAAGUCAUUAGGAUAUGUAAAUUAAAGUUUGUGAUGAACACAGGAAAUGACAGGGGUGACUACACGCCAGAGAGAGGAAAGGAAAGGAGAAGGGGAGGAUAAGAGAGCUGGUGAUGAGGAGUGGAGGAAGGGUAGGUGAUAGGAGGAGGAUGGGGAAGGAAGAGGAAGGAAGGAAGGAAGGGGAGGGAGGGAGGGAAGAGAAGAGGGAGCAGGGGAAGGGAAGCAGUUGGAGGAGAGGGGAUGAAGAGCACAGGACAAAAAUAAAAGAGGGAGGGAGAGGGGGAGGGGGAGCACUGCACCACUGGCUAAAGAAAAGAGGGAGGGGGAGGGGGAGCACUGAACCACUGGCUAAAUAAAAGAGGGAGGGGGAGGGGGAGCACUGCACCACUGGCUAAAGAAAAGAGGGAGGGGAGGGGGAGGGGGAGCACUGCACCACUGGCUAAAGAAAAGAGGGAGGGGGGGGGGGGGGGGGGAGCACUGCACCACUGGCUAAAGAAAAGAGGGAGGGGGGAGGGGGAGCACUGCACCACUGGCUAAAGAAAAGGGGGAGGGGGGAGGGGGAGCACUGCACCACUGGCUAAAGAAAAGAGGGAGGGGGGAGGGGGAGCACUGCACCACUGGCUAAAGAAAAGGGGGAGGGGGAGCACUGCACCACUGGCUAAAGAAAAGAGGGAGGGGGGAGGGGGAGCACUGCACCACUGGCUAAAGAAAAGGGGGAGGGGGAGAACUGCACCACUGGCUAAAGAAAAGAGGGAGGGGGAGGGGGAGCACUGCACCACUGGCUAAAGAAAAGAGGGAGGGGGAGCACUGCACCACUGGCUAAAGAAAAGAGGGAGGGGGAGCACUGCACCACUGGCUAUGGAUCAAAGAGCUCCAAGUACAUUCAGCCUUCUGAUAGGGCCCCAGUACACCCCCCCCCAUCCCAUCCCAUACACAUACACAGAUAGAAGGAAAGGGCACAUCAACACCAGCCUCCUCUUCUCAUGAUCAGUACACACACACGCAGGCAUGCACGCACACACACACACCACCAUGGCAUCUGUCAGAUCCAAUCCCCUCUUCACUCUGGCUGCUUUAUUAUGAAUGCUUUUAUAUCGUCGCCCGCCGCGUCCGUUAACACUAACGCUAAUCAUCAACCGGAUUGCUAUCUGUACUCAGAGCCAGCCAGCAUCACGCAAUAACUAACAUAUUUGUUCUGUGUAUUUCUGCUGGUUACCUGAAUCUGUGAUUGUGUUGUUGUCAUUAAGCCAGGCCAGAGCUGUCACUUCGUUUUAGGCUCACACGACAGACCGCCGUGUAGGUGUCUGGAGCUAGCCGACACACACACAUAUACCCACGCAUGCACACACACACGGUGAGGGGAGUCUACCCAGCCACGAUGGCAGCCGGUCCAUGAAUAGUUUAAGACCUGCCUAACCCACUCAGUGUUAGCAGGGUAAUUACAGGUAGGGGUGCAGAGGUCCCUCUAAGUUUAGCGAUAACGCUGUUCCAAUUCAUCCCAGCUAGUGCAGAGUUAGCGCUGCUCAGCACCCGGACUGUUCAUUGCUUCCUUUAUCAUCAACAGGGGUCCGCUCUGCGCUCUCUCUCUCUCUCUCUCUCUCUCUCUCUCUCUCUCUCUCCUCUCUCUCUCUCAAGGGCUGCAGGUGGAGGAUAGAGGGACAGAGGAACUGGAGGAAAAUGUUUAAGUGUUCUGGGGAUGGGGGGGUUAGAUAUCACACAGUUUGAUCUCUCUCUUGAUUUCUCUCCCAUGUAUUUAUUCUAACCAUAGUGUAGGGUUUCUUUCUUUCUUUCUUUUUCUCAUUUUAUUUGACUACGCCCCUUCCUAGUAUUAUUUUAUUAUCUCUAUCUCUCCUGCCUCCUCUCUUAUAUUUUCUUCUUUUUGUAUUCUUUUGCUACAGCUUCACCUCUUUUUCUCUAAACUUCUUCUGUCACUCAUGUGUGAUUGACUUUUACCCCUUUUGGCCCAUUUUAGACAAUUUUCCUAAACCAAAAAAAAAAACCUCCCUUCCUCUCAAAAAAAAAAAAAAAAAAAUCCUAAUUUAAAAACUCACCCCUUUCCCCCCAAAGGGGGGGGAAUUUUUUGGAAAUAAAAGGGCUUUCCAAUUUUGAGGGUGGUGGAAAUAAAAAGGCCCGGGGCCCAGUGGGAUCCGUCGUCCCCCCAAGUCCAAAACCCGGGUUUCACCUCUCUUUUUUAAAACUCAAUGAACCCCCCCCUUUCUUCCCCCCCAAACCCCCAAUUUCCAUCCCCCUUUGGGGAAAGGGUUUGCCCCUGGGGGACCUCUCUAAACCACCUCUCACCAGCGCCCCUUGACCGUUUUCAUGGCAGAGAUCAGGUGCUGGACAAAAGGGCCCCCCGUACCUACACCCCAAUUGCACACAGAACACUUCUAACACACAACAAAAACCCCACACUUUUUACACACACUCACAAAACACAACCAAACAUUAAAUGCACACACACACACACCCUCUCGCUCUUUAACCACCUUUUUCAGCCAAAGCCGGGGCGCCCCCCCCCUAAAACCCCCUUAAAAAAAAUGUACGGGUUAAAAUUUAAGGGUCCAGUUGGGGAACAAUCCCAAACCCGGGGAAAAGGAAGGAAGAGAAAAAGAGGAAGAGAGAGAGACCCCGGGAGAUAUAGAGAGAAACCCCCUAGAAAAAGAGAAAAAAGGGGACCCCGGGGAGGGAAAAAGGGGGAAAUGAAAGAAAAACUUAAAGAGAGCCCAAAGAAAGAAAAAAGAAAAAAUAAAAGAAAAAAAAGGAAUAAAAAGAAAAGAGAGAAAAAGAGAAAAAGAGAAGAAAAAGAGAAAAAGAAAAAAAGGAAUGGGCCCCCCUUGCUCCCUUCCUUUCCCCCCUUUUCCCCCCCCCCUCCUCCCUCUCCCCCUCUCUUAGAGGGGAGAAAAAAAUGGUGCCCGUCUCUCGUGGGGCCCCAGAUUUGCCAGCCCCUUUUGGCCAGCAGGGGGAAAACUGCGAAAAGGGGUUAAUGAGGAGCACGGGCCCCCCGGGGUUAAUAAGAGCCAUGUGUAUUUUUUAAAGGGUUAUGAUAGGGGACAAAACACAAUUUUUCCAAAACAAAAAAACCCCCAAGAACCGGGCCCCCCCACCCCAAAAUGCCUGACACAGAACUCGUAUACCGGGGUUCCCGGGGUUUCCCAAAAAGGGGGGUUUUUUUUUUAACUGUUUGUGAAUCUAAAAUGUUUUAGGGUUGAUUCCCCAUACACACGGGUUUACUUCCCUUCCCCCAAGAGACUUUUUUCCCCGUGUGAAGGGUUUUGGGGGUUUUCCCCCUCCUCCACCCCCAACCCGCCCCAGGCCCCAAAAAACCCCCCAAACCAGGGAAGGGUGGUGCCGGGCCCCGGCCCCGGGGGCGCCCCCCCCCCCCAAACCCGAAAACCAAAACGAAAAAAAAGGCGCCCCAGGAAGGGCCCCAGAGGACCCAGAAACCGCGCCAGACGCCGCCCGCGGGGGGGACGGAAGAAAAGCCCGGCCGGCCCCCAACCCCGGCAAAAGGCAUCCCCGGGCCCCCCGGGGGCCCAGGAAAGAAAAAAACCGGGGGAAAACCACACCGCGGGGCCGGGGCAGCCGAGGCCCCGGGCGCCAGGGGUAGGACCACGGCCAAAUCAGUUUCUUGGGGAAAAAACAGGGAAAUCAGGAUUGGAAAAAAGGGGGGCCCCCCGGAAAAAGGGGGGGGGGAGGGGGAAAAAGUUUUCAGGGUUUUAAAGGGGGAAAUUCCGCCGUCUCUCUCUCGUCUUCGGGUCUUUCUCUCCUCCCGCUCUCUCUCUCUCUCUCUCGAAAAAGAUCGAAACAAAUUUGCCAGUUAAUUUCACAGCAAAUUAGAGUAAAUUGGGGUUGUACCAGCUGGGCUCUGUAUCUUGCUACAGCACCCUCUCUCCUCUCUCUUUGCUUUCCCUCUCCCCCUCCUUCUUUUCCCUCUCUCUCGAUCUGCCCUUCCUUUUCCGUACACCAGUUUCAGCCUGCAGUACAUCUUGGAGAUAAGUUUGGCUAGCAGAGGCACACCAUGUUCUGUCACGGUCUGCUACACACAUUCAAACUCACACACACACACUCACUCGCUCUCUCCCUCUCUCUCUUGCUCCCUCUUUCUCUCUCGCUCUCCAAACCCCUCUCUCUUUCUUUCUCUCUCUCACAUACACAGACACACACACACGCAUACACUGAUACUCAAUCAAUUCUGCUGCCCAUCCAGCAUGAUUUACCAUAGUCCCUCCCUAGAGCCUUAACAAACUAGUGGGACAGUUUGUCCACCUCAGCCUCCAAUGUGGUUUCAUCUGUACUGUAGUCCCCCACAUGAAAAAAAAUACUAUAGUAUUCACUGUAGUGUUUUUGCGAACUGUACUGUAGUAUUUACUGUAGUAUACUGUAGUAUUUACAGUUAACUAUAGUAUAAAUACUGUAGUAAAAGAAAACUGUAGUAUAUACUUUAGUAUUUACUGUAGUGUUUUUUUCAUUAUCAGUUGAAACUUUUGAUCAGAAACCCCCUUCUUUAACCAAUGCGCAGAGUUUGUGUCUCUAUUGACUAGCUAGCAUAUUGUCACAAUUGAUUCUGUAACAGCUGAUCUAAGAUCAGCAAUAUCUCUAUGUGACUGAGGGAGAUGGCUGAAAAAGUGUAGGAAAAUGUAGGAAAGCGGAGGGGAGCUGAUAAAUAAGAGAAAGGGAAAGGUAACGAACAAGAUAGAAGGGAAGAAGAGUGAGAAAAGGUCAAGGAAAAGCAGGGGCACGGGAGGUUUGGAGAGUUGAGAGAGGGGAGGUCAGGGCUAGAACUUGACAGUAGAGGUCUUCACGAAAUUUCCGAAAUUAACCUUGGGCUUUCCCACCUGGACCCAAUAUGCAUUUCAAUAUAGAGACCCGUUCCGAACAGACCCGAGGACAACUAGACCAGUUCCGUAUAGACCUGGUUGGAUCCAGACCCGGACCGAUCUGAGUGAGGGAAGCAGCAGAAAAGUCAUUUUUUAAGCUACUUUAUUUAUUGGAGCUGAUAAAGUGUGAGAGGAGGGAGAAAGAGGUGCAGCUCUAGCAGGCGGGGAAGGGGCCGUACUGUGAGCGAGUGACACAGGGAGCAGGAGGGAGGGAGAGACAGCAAACAACCAUGCCGACUCACGCUAUAGUAGACUAAUAGCUGCCAUAGCAAGGUUAUUUAUCAUAAAAUAUGAUCACAUUCAAACCGGGAGAAGCUAACAUUAUCUAGCUAGGCUAAUUGAGGCUGCAGUGCAUUCGCUUUUUCAUCCUACAGUUACAAAAACUCCAUUCAGAAUAUUAAGUAGCAGCCUACCUGUUGGCUCUUGGUCGUUGUAGCCUAUCCUUCUCCUUUAAAUUCCGCCAUUUUAAUUCCAUCUUCCAAUGAUUUUUACUUCAGACCAGUGGCAGGCAGUGAGUUCUAGGGGGAGGUUUAGGGGCUUCCUCUACCACUAGCAUGGUAGACCACCCUGCAUGGGCUGGAGGAAGGCUAGGAGGAUAUGCAUUUUUGAUUCUCAGGGACAGGCUUCCUCUACCACUAGCAUCACUAACCCCACCAGACUUCAUACUAGAUCUUAUUCACUCCUCACACCCACUUUCUGGUACCACCAACCUGGAUAUACAUUGCCUUGCAAAAGUAUUCAUCCCCUUGGCGUUUUUCCUAUUUUGUUGCAUUACAACCUGUAAUUUAAAUGGAUCUUUAUUUGGAUUUCAUGUAAUGGACAUACACAAAAUAGUCCAAAUUGAUGAAGUGGAAUUAAAAAAAUUACUUGUUUCAAGAAAUUCUAGAAAAAUAAAUAACGGAAAAGUGGUGCGUGCAUAUGUAUUCACCCCCUUUACUAUGAAGCCCCUAAAUAGGAUCUGGUGCAACCAAUUACCUUCAGAAGUCACAUAAUUAGUUAAAUAAAGUCCACCUGUGUGCAAUCUAAGUGUCACAUGAUCUGUCACAUGAUCUCAGUAUAUAUACACCUCUUCUGAAAGGCCCCAGAGUCUGCAACACCAUUAAGCAAGGGGCACCACCAAGCGAGCGGCACCAUGAAGACCAAGGAGCUCUCCAAACAGGUCAGGGACAAAGUUGUAGAGAAGUACAGAUCAGGGUUGGGUUAUAAAAAAUAUCUGAAACUUUGAACAUCCCACGGAGCAACAUUAAAUGCAUUAUUAAAAAAUUGAAAUAAUAUGGCACCACAACAAACCUACCAAGAGAGGGUCGCCCACCAAAACUCACGGACCAGGCAAGGAGGGCAUUAAUCAGAGAGGCAACAAAGAGACCAAAGAUAACCCCGAAGGAGCUGCAAAGCUCCACAGCGGAGGUUGGAGUAUCUGUCCAUAGAACCACUUUAAGCCAUACACUCCACAGAGCUGGGCUUUACGGAAGAGUGGCCACAAAAAGCCAUUGCUUAAAGAAAAAAAUAAACAAACAUGUUUGGUGUUCACCCCCAAACAUAUGGAAGAAGGUACUCUGGUCAGAUGAGACUAAAAUUGAGCUUUUUGGCCAUCAAGGAAAACGCUAUGUCUAUGCCCAGUGGCUAGAUGUGCCAAGCUUAUAGAGACAUACCCCAAGAGACAUGCAGCUGUAAUUGCUGCAAAAGGUGGCUCUACAAAGUAUUGACUUUGCCAAGGGGGGUGAAUACUUUCGCAAGCCACUGUACAUUACAUUUUAGUCAUUUAGCAGACGCUCUUAUCCAGAGCGACUUACAGUUAGUGAGUGCAUAAAUUUUUUCAUACUGGCCCCCCGUGGGAAACGAACCCACAACCCUGGCGUUGCAAGCGCCAUGCUCUACCAACCGAGCUACACAGGGCCAUAGAGAGAGUGAUCAAGGUAUUAUAUGAAGACAUUGGAAUUGUAUAACUGAAUAUUAAGACUUUAUAUACAUUUUACUUAUCCUUUGUGUCUUUCAAAGCACCAGAGCAAACACAGACUUUAAGUUCCAGACAGUAGAGAAGCAAUAAGAACCAAAUAAACGUAAUCAUAAAACUGACUCCAACUAAUCAAACUGUUUCACUAGGUUUUAAAUCAGCAAUUAAAUCAAAGAAUUCACUCUGGCCAACCAAACCAGAUCGUUGUUACUUGAAAAGCACAUUCCCUCCAGCCGUGUCAGUUGGAGAAGGCAGCAGUAGUCUGUGUUGUCCUGAUGAUGGUUCUCUCCCAUCUGGCCUCAUACAGAGAGUGUCUGAUGUCACACACUGACACACCCAUCAGCUGCUGUGUUUAGGUCUAUGUGGUGUUGCAUGUGUGUGUUUAUUUAGUGUGUGUUUAUUUAGUGUGUGUGUGUGAAUCAUGUGGGAUCAGUGAAGGUUGGGUGGUGGGUGACUGAGAUCCGUUGGGUAAAUUCUAAAUUCUAGGUUCCAAGUUCCAAGUUCCAAGAGCAGCUGGUAAAAUGAUGAGCUCCUAAUAUCUAGUAUUAUAUAUCAUAUUUGAAAUGAUUUAGAGGAAGAGUACAUUUGAGAAAAACGAGUGAAAGAUAAAGGAAGAAGAACUAAGAGUAUAACAUCAGAAGAUAGCUAACAAGCUAACAGUUAUUUACACAUUGCUAGGGAGUUGCUAAGAGUUUCUCGCUACUGGCUACCUGCUGUUAGCAAAAAAAAAACCUAGGUAACAAAUAACAAAAAGGACAAUCAAAAAGGACAAAGGACAGGACAAAAGACAGGAAAACUAGUACAUAACCUUACACAAGGUAAUUUAAAACAAUUCAGACAAAAAAACAAGAAAGGUAGGCUUUGUUUACAUAAAAAAAAUGCCAAGCUACAACUAGCCAAGUGCAAACCAGCUGUAACAUACAGUAUACUGUAUCCAGCUGUAACAUACAGUAUACUGUAUCCAGCUGUAACAUACAGUAUACUGUAUCCAGCUGUAACAUACAGUAUACUGUAUCCAGCUGUAACAUACAGUAUACUGUAUCCAGCUGUAACAUACAGUAUACUGUAUCCAGCUGUAACAUACAGUAUACUGUAUCCAGCUGUAAACAUACAGUAUACUGUAUCCAGCCCAGCUGUAACAUACAGUAUACUGUAUCCAGCUGUAACAUACAGUAUACUGUAUCCAGCUGUAACAUACAGUAUACUGUAUCCAGCUGUAACAUACAGUAUACUGUAUCCAGCUGUAACAUACAGUAUACUGUAUCCAGCUGUAAAUACAGUAUACUGUAUCCAGCUGUAACAUACAGUAUACUGUAUCCAGCUGUAACAUACAGUAUACUGUAUCCAGCUGUAACAUACAGUAUACUGUAUCCAGCUGUAACAUACAGUAUACUGUAUCCAGCUGUAACAUACAGUAUACUGUAUCAGCUGUAACAUACAGUAUACUGUAUCCAGCUGUAACAUACAGUAUACUGUAUCCAGCUGUAACAUACAGUAUACUGUAUCCAGCUGUAACAUACAGUAUACUGUAUCCAGCUGUAACAUACAGUAUACUGUAUCCAGCUGUAACAUACAGUAUACUGUAUCCAGCUGUAACAUACAGUAUACUGUAUCACUGUAACAACGUAUGCAGUAUACUGUAAUCCAGCUGUAACCAUGCAGUAUACUGUAUCCAGCUGUAAACAUUACAGUAUAACUGUAUCCAGCUGUUAACAUAGCAGUAUACUGUACUCAGCUGUACAUAUCAGUAUACUGUAUCCAGCUGUAACAUACGUAUCCUGUAAUCCCCGCUGUAAACAUACAGGUAUACUGUAUCCAGCUGUAACAUACAGUAAUGACUGUAUCCAGCUGUAACAUAACAGUAUACUGAAUAUCCAGCUGUAACCAUACAGUAUACUGUAUCCAGCCUGUAACCAUUACAGUAUUACUUGUACUCCAGCUGUAACAUACCAGUAUACUGUAUCCAGCGAAACAUGCAGCUAAUGUACCAGCUGUAACAUGCAGUAUACUGUAUCCAAGCUGUAAAACCAGUAUACUGUACCACGUACAAUGCAGUAUACUGUAUCCCAGCUGAUAACAUACAGUAUACUGUAUCCAAGCUGUAACAUACAGUAUACCGUAUCCAGCUGGUAAACAUACAGUAUAUACUGUAUCCAGCUGUAACCAUAACAGUAUACUGUAUCCAGCUGUAACAUGCAGUAUACUGUAUCCAGCUGUAACAUACAGUAUAUGUAUCCAGCUGUAACAUGCAGUAUACUGUAUCCAGCUGUAACAUACAGUAUACUGUAUCCAGCUGUAACAUACAGUAUACUGUAUCCAGCUGUAACAUACAGUAUACUGUAUCCAGCUGUAACAUACAGUAUACUGUAUCCAGCUGUAACAUACAGUAUACUGUAUCCAGCUGUAACAUGCAGUAUACUGUAUCCAGCUGUAACAUACAGUAUACUGUAUCCAGCUGUAACAUACAGUAUACUGUAUCCAGCUGUAACAUACAGUAUACUGUAUCCAGCUGUAACAUACAGUAUACUGUAUCCAGCUGUAACAUACAGUAUACUGUAUCCAGCUGUAACAUACAGUAUACUGUAUCCAGCUGUAACAUACAGUAUACUGUAUCCAGCUGUAACAUACAGUAUACUGUAUCCAGCUGUAACAUGCAGUAUACUGUAUCCAGCUGUAACAUACAGUAUACUGUAUCCAGCUGUAACAUACAGUAUACUGUAUCCAGCUGUAACAUACAGUAUACUGUAUCCAGCUGUAACAUACAGUAUACUGUAUCCAGCUGUAACAUACAGUAUACUGUAUCCAGCUGUAACAUACAGUAUACUGUAUCCAGCUGUAACAUACAGUAUACUGUAUCCAGCUGUAACAUACAGUAUACUGUAUCCAGCUGUAACAUACUGUAUCCAGCGGUAACAUACAGUAUACUGUAUCCAGCUGUAACAUGCAGUAUACUGUAUCCAGCUGUAACAUGCAGUAUCCCUGGUAUCCAGCUGUAACCAUGCAGUAUACUGUAUCCAGCUGUAACAUGCAGUAUACUGUAUCCAGCUGUAACAUACAAGUAUACUGUAUCCAGCUGUAACAUGCAGUAUAACUGUAUCCAGCUGUAACAUACAGUAUACUGUAUCCAGCUGUAACAUGCAGUAUACUGUAUCCAGCUGUAACAUGCAGUAUACUGUAUCCAGCUGUAACAUACAGUAUACUGUAUCCAGCUGUAACAUGCAGUAUACUGUAUCCAGCUGUAACAUGCAGUAUACUGUAUCCAGCUGUAACAUGCAGUAUACUGUAUCCAGCUGUAACAUACAGUAUACUGUAUCCAGCUGUAACAUGCAGUAUACUGUAUCCAGCUGUAACAUCAGUAUACUGUAUCCAGCUGUAACAUCAGUAUACUGUAUCCAGCUGUAACAUACAGUAUACUGUAUCCAGCUGUAACAUACAGUAUACUGUAUCCAGCUGUAACAUACAGUAUACUGUAUCCAGCUGUAACAUACAGUAUACUGUAUCCAGCUGUAACAUACAGUAUACUGUAUCCAAGCUGUACACUUACACAGUAUACUGUAUCCAGCUGUAACAUACAGUAUACUGUAUCCAGCUGUAACAUACAGUAUACUGUAUCCAGCUGUAACAUACAGUAUACUGUAUCCAGCUGUAAUACAGUAUACUGUACCGCUGUAACAUACAGUAUACUGUAUCCAGCUGUAAACAUACAGUAUACUGUAUCCAGCUGUAAACAUUACAGUAUACUGUAUCCAGCUGUAACAUACAGUAUACUGUAUCCAGCUGUAACAUACAGUAUACUGUAUCCAGCUGUAAACAUAACAGUAUACUGUAUCCAGCUGUAACAUACAGUAUACUGUAUCCAGCUGUAACAUACAGUAUACUGUAUCCAGCUGUAACAUACAGUAUACUGUAUCCAGCUGUAACAUACAGUAUACUGUAUCCAGCUGUAACAUACAGUAUACUGUAUCCAGCUGUAACAUACAGUAUACUGUAUCCAGCUGUAACAUACAGUAUACUGUAUCCAGCUGUAACAUACAGUAUACUGUAUCCAGCUGUAACAUACAGUAUACCUGUAUCCAGCUGUAACAUACAGUAUACUGUAUCCAGCUGUAACAUACAGUAUACCUGUAUCCAGCUGUAACAUACAGUAUACUGUAUCAGCUGUAACAUACAGUAUACUGUAUCCAGCUGUAACAUACAGUAUACUGUAUCCAGCUGUAACAUACAGUAUACUGUAUCCAGCUGUAACAUACAGUAUACUGUAUCCAGCUGUAACAUACAGUAUACUGUAUCCAGCUGUAACAUACAGUAUACUGUAUCCAGCUGUAACAUACAGUAUACUGUAUCCAGCUGUAAUCAACUAAGAUGGAUACAUUUACAAGCCCCAAACUCACCAACCUUGCAAUCCAAUAUGCAGAAGGUAUUGCCAGUGAAGCAGGGAGGACAAAAUAUUAAGCAAAGGUUUUAAAAGAACACCCAGAGACCCUAAGAGUAGACUUUAUGCAACAAAAAUACAAAGAAAUCAAAUUUUCACUGAAUGUCCAAAUGCUUGGCAUGCAGCCCUGUGCAAGGCAAACAAACAUCUUAAAAUGUCUGGAAACAAGACCAUGAGACAAUUGUAUGUGGACACAACCCCAAAAUGUAAUAUUAAUAUAUAUAACAAUGGAACAGUAAUGAUGUAAGGCUCUGAGGCCAGUCUAGAGCAGACAUGUCUCCACUAACAAUGCCUGCAACUCCCAAAACCUGGGCUUCAAAACAGGAGGCCCACAGUAUAUCCCUCCCUCCCUCACCUGUAGCAGCUGUGUGCACACCAGAAACAAUAUUGGUGAAACGAAUCCAGAACUGCCUCUCCCUACUUGAAGUUAAGAUUACGGAAUUUUGUAUUUUAUUUUAUUUAUUAGGAUCCCCAUUAGGAUCCCCAUUAGCCGACGCCAAUGGCUACAGCUAGUCUUUUCUUUUUUUUUUUGGGGGGGGGGGGGGGUAGAUCAGCUUAAUAUUGCAGAUAGAUUGUAACUUCCAUCAAUGUAAUUGUCUGCAUCACUUCACUUCACUUCCUACCAAGGAAAGAUCUCCCCUGGCAAAUGAUCCAAAAUGUCAACCAAAAAAUCACCAUGGACUGCUCCUCACUACCAAAUGUCAGCAUCUCUCACCACCACACCCUGACAUGUGAGCACUUGUAUGACCAUGUAUACCUGGACCAUGAGGGAGUCAGAAUCUUUGCCAAGAACCUGAAGGAUCCACAAUCAUACCAGGCCAGUAACAAAGCCCCACCACUUCCCCGCAAUCAAGGGAGAGAGAGGAGGCCAAUCUCAUCUCAGCUGAGCCCAACAUAGACAUCUCCAGCCCCUACCAACAUGUCCGAACCCAACGGCGCUAGACCCAGACCAGCUCAGCCCGGCGGUGCCAGAACCAACCCAGCUCAGCCCAGCGGUUCCAGAACCAGCCCAGCUUAACCCAGCAGUGCCAGACACAGUUCAGGUCAGCCCAAUACAACCAUUCACAGCACUGGACUGUACGUGGUCCUCUGUAGCUCAGCUGGUAGAGCACGGCGCUUGUAACGCCAAGGUAGUGGGUUCGAGCCCCGGGACCACCCAUACACAAAAAAAAUGUUAUGCACGCAUGACUGUAAGUCGCUUUGGAUAAAAGCGUCUGCUAAAAUGGCAUAUUACUCUAGGUGUAGGACAAAUAGUGGCCAACAGGAGUGUAUCCCAGCCCAGCCCAGACCAUACCUCAGCCUCAGCCUCACCGCCAGCCCACAUAUGCUGAGGCAGCCUCUGGUAAGAGUCAAAUAGACCCUUCAGUCAUCUGAGAGACAACCAGACCCGGCCCGCCUCAGCACAGCUCAAGCAGACCCGGCCCAUCACAGUACAGCUCAACCAGACCUGGCCCGCCUCAGCACAGCUCUACCAGACCCAGCCAGCCUCAGCACAGCUCUACCAGACCAGGCCCAUCACAGCACAGCUCAAUUCAGCCCAGCUCUACACAGCACCGACCACUACCCUAGGGUCUGGCAAAACUCUGUUGAGGGUAGUGCAUCACAUGAUGCAGUCCACACCAUGUAUCAUUCUCAUCAUCAGCCCUCAUAUGCUGAGAGUUUGGAGCUUCGCCAGUGCCCUUCACACCACCCUCCUCAAUUCCCCCCAUAACCUCCCUCCCAGGCUAGUUUUGGGUUACCCUCCCUACUCCCAUCCCCAGGACAGUCCUGGGACACUCCUGCCCCCAAUGGCAGGCUCAACCCUGCAACAGGAGCCACACCAAGGCCUCCUCUGCACACCCAGAAUGGAGCAUUGGCAGCCACUCCGGUCCCCUGCAGCAGCUCCCCUCCUUUGGCGGGAGCUUAAUCCGGGUGGACUGAGCUCUGCCAACACUGGUCUCCCAGUUCCCGCCCCAGCCCCUGCAUCCAGCGACUUGGGGGAGGUCUGUCAAAUGCUCUCACAUGGUUGGCCAUGGACCUUGGCAAAGUCUCAGCUCACUCAACAAAUAGCUGCAGAUGACCCUAUGCCUGUUAGCUCUGAUGGGAAUGAGCUGAAUACUCCCUCUGACUUUAAAUCUCGUAGGGGGUUUGGGCUAAUGCACCUAAAUGUAUGAUACAAAAAUGGACACAAUUGACAUUUGGGUACAGGACUCAUGUCCUGACAUUCUGGUUCUCUCGGAAACAUGGUUAAAUGGUUCUGUCUCUGAUAAAGACAUUGAAGUAAAUUAUUAUAAUGUAUAUAGAUGUGACAGAUUACAGAAAGGGGGAGGAGUGGCGAUAUAUGUAAAAUCGAAUUUCAUGGCAUCCCCAAUCUUUAAAUAUUUCUGUGCCCAAUAAAUUUGAGCUCCUGGUUUUAGAUGAGUCCACAAACCAGAAUACACAUUUAUUUGUUGCUGGGAUUUACUGCCCACCUGCUGCCAAGGCGGAUGCUAUUGGUGCUAUGUCUGAGUGUUUAACACCUUUUCUGUCCUCGGAGUUGGUCAUUUUAGGUGAUCAAUUUAAGAGUACAUGCACUGAUUUUAAUCUGACUCAAUUGAUCUCAAAACCCACACGGCUAAAUGUGAAAAACCCUUUUAACUCCUCAUUGAUUGAUUUAAUUCUUACUAAUAACCCCCAUAAAUAUUUGUCUAGUCGAGUAUUUGCAUAUGAUCUCAGUGAUCAUUGUCCCAUACUAUGUAUUAAAGAUAUGACACAGCAAAAUACUAAUCCUCAUUUAAUUAAGAUACAUUUUAAAAAGUUCUCUCCUCAAAGGUUUUUACAUGACAUGUUCUACUCUGAUUUAGCCACUGUCUCCUGUAUUCAUGACCCUGAGUUGGCUCUAGAAAAUGUAUCCUCCAUAUUUAUUUAUCUGGCAGAUAAACACGCCCCUUUAAAAAAAUUCAGAGUGAAAGAUAGAUCUAACCCUUGGUUUUCUUCUGAGCCGUCUGAGCACAUUCAGAUGAGAAACUGGGCCAAACCUGGGCCAAAGCAAGGAAAACAUACUCUGUAGUGGACUGGCAAUUUUUCAGAGAAUUGAGAAUCAUAUGUACUAUCUCGAUUAAGAAAGCUAAAUCAAGCUACUUUUUAAGCUCUAUCUCUGACUCUGCUGGUGAUACUUCUACAUUUUGGAAAAGAGUAAAUGCACUAAAGCGUACAAAUUCCUCUUCUUCCCUGCCUAAGCAAGUUCUGUCUGACUGGCAUUAUAACUGAGAAGAAGGGGAUAAGUGAUGCUUUUAAUCAUCAUUUUAUCUUGGCAGGCUUUUUAUUAGAGAUAAACAGUGGUUUAAUUGACACUGAACAGUCAAUUGACUGCUCUUCCCUCUGCCAGCCUCUAGCUAACUCCACGGUUAACACGUCAACUUCUAGUGAAUCUUUGUUUUCAUUUCAGUAAUUUACUAUCUGUGAUGUGCUAGAUGCCUAUCUUAAGAUUUAUGUAAAUCGACUGGGGCUGAUAUGCUUGAUCCAUUUUUGCUGCAGCUCUCUGCCCCCCUGAUUGCUGAAUCAUUAACCCAUAUUUUUAACCUGACGAUUAUAUCUGGUAAUAUCCCCAAGGUUUGGAAGGCGGCCCAUGUACUCCCCCUUCACAAAAAUGGUGACCCUUGUGACCUAAAUAAUUACCUAGAUAAAAUAUUAGAAUCCUUGAUUAAUUCUCAGCUAAGGUCUUUCUUAUCUUUGAAAUGUGUUCUAAACGUACAUCAGUCGGGUUUUAGACCAGGUCAUAGAACUAUCUCUCCUGCAUCCCUAGUUAUAAAUGGUGGUUAAUUGUAUGGAUAAAAGGCAACAUUGUGCUGCCCUCUUCAUUGACCUGUCAAAGGUUUCGAUACUGUUGAUCACUCACUGCUAAUUCAGUGGCUUUCCUCAAUUGGCCUAGACCAGGCUGCAUGUAACUGGUUUAAAAAUUACUUGUCAAUGUGUAUCUACUGAUGGUGUUAAAUCAGGUUUCCUGGAUAUUAUGAAAGGUGUCCCGCAGGGGUCGAUUAUGGGUCCUGUACUUUUUACUGUUUACAUUAACUAUAUUGACUUGUCUGUAAAACAUUGUAACCUACACUUGUAUGCCGAUGAUACUGUUGUGUAUGCUAUUGCCACCACGGUUGACCAGGCUCUAUCUGAACUACAGUCUGCCUUCAUUGUAUUAGAGAAAAAACUUUAUUGACCUCAAAUGAGUAUUGAAUGCAGGUAAAAUGAAGUAUAUGUUGUUCUCUAGAGCGCAUAAAAAUAACUCUGAUGAUUUAAGCAUAAUAUGUACUUUGGAUGGUGUCCAUAUUGAUCAUGUCGCUGCUUACAAGUAUCUGGGCAUCUGGAUAGAUGAAAAGCUUUCUUUUAAAAAGCAUAUUGACGAGUUAGUUAAGAAUCUGAGAAUGAAAAUGGGCUUCUUCUAUAGAAAUAGGUCCUGCCUCUCGAUAAAUAGUAGAAAGCAGAUUAUUCAGUCGAUGUUCCUACGGGCGACAGUUGUAUUUAUUAAAGAUCCCCAUUAGCUGCUGCCAAGGCAGCAGCUACUCUUCCUGGGGUCCAGCAACAUUAAGGCAGUUAUAUACAAGCUAAAAUAUUACAUGACAUUACAUUUCAUAACACUUUUCACAACACAUUAAGUGUGUGCCCUCAGGCCACUACUCUACUAUCACAUACAGUACCUACAAUGCAAAAUCCAUGUGUACGUGUGUGUAGAGUGCGUGUCUUAUCAUGUGUAUGUGUGUCUGUGCCUGUGUGUGUCUCUUCACAGUCCCUGCUGUUCCAUGAUAUGUAUUUCUAUCUAUUUUUUAAAUCUGAUUCUACUGCUUGCAUCAGUUACCUGGUGUGGAAUAGAGUUCCGUGUAGCCAUGGCUCUAUAUAGUACUGUGCGCCUCCCAUAGUCUGUUCUGGACUUGGGGAUUGUGAAGAUACCUCUGGUGGCAUGUCUUGUGGGGUAUGCAUGGAUGUCCGAACUGUGUUCUAGUAGUUUAAACAGACACCUCGGUGCAUUCAGCAUGUCAACACUUCUUACAAAAACGAGUAGUGAUGAAGUCAAUCUCUCCUCCACUUUGAGCCAUGAGAGAUCUACAUGCAUAUUAUUAAUGUUAGCUCUCCGUGUACACUCAAGGGCCAGCCAUGCUGUCCUGUUCUGAGCUAAUUGUAAUUUUCCGAAGUCCCUCUUUGUGGCACCUGACCACACGACUGAACAGUAGUCCAGGUGUGACAAAACUAGGGCCUGUAUGAGCUGCCUUGUUGAUAGUGUUGUUAAAAAGGCAGAGCAGCGCUUUAUUAUGGACAGACUUCUCCCCAUCUUAGCUACUGUUGUAUCAACAUGUUUUGACCAUGACAGUUUACAAUCCAGGGUUACUUCAAGAAGUUUAGUCACCUCAACUUGCUCAAUUUCCACAUUAUUUAUUAUAAGAUUUAGUUGAGGUUUAGGGUUCAGUGAAUGAUUUGUCCUAAAUACAAUGCUUUUAGUUUUUGAAAUAUUCUCUACCAAAAAGUUGGUAGGCCCUCUUUGAUGUCACAUAUACAUUGCUAUGUUUUCAUUUAUAAAGCCCUUUUACAAGAAGUCCCACUGUACCUAACAUCAUUACUAAACUUUAGACAUGAGCUACCACACCCGGUCUCAGGGAUGGCUAACUCUGGAAAUUCCUUUGGUCUCUACUGAGUUAGGUAAAUCAGCUUUUAGUUUUUUUUCACCUUAUUUGUGGAACAAUCUUCAAAAUGUUCUGAAAUUUGAUGUUUAGGUGCCUCUAGGCCAAUUCAAAACGCUGAUUGAGGACCUUUUUAGUGAUUAAUGUCUUUGUUUUUAAUGACUGUGUUUUUCUUUCUGCUUGCAUUGUGUGUAUUUUCUGUAAUUUAUGUCAUUCAGGGCUCACCUGUAAAAGAGACUUCUGGUCUCAUUAUGACUCCCUGAUAAAAUAAAGGUUAAAUACAAUUUAAAAAAUUAAAUAUAGCUCUGAGCCAGUUUGGAACAUAUCAAUGUCUGUCAACCGUUGCCAUCCCAACAGAAACAUGAAGUGACACUUCAUUAGCAGUUAGCUAUGGCGACUGCCAAUCACCCAGGCAGUGCGGAACUGUGGUAUGACAAUGAUGCAGUCGCUAUACUUACAACGAGGCAAAACCAAGCACCACACUCCCUUAUAUCUGAGACAUCAUCCUUCUUUAGAGCUUACAGUCAAAUGAAAUCGCUGCUGAAAAUCUGACAUUCAAACUAUAAAUGAAUUAAGAGGAAGAGAUGUUUAAAGCGAGCUGCUCAGAUUGACAUCUCCAUUCAGAAUCCACUGAGGUGCCCUUAAUGUGCAUGAUUGUUUAAAGAAAAUGUCUAAUUACACACACGAUUGUCCCUUCAAUGCAGGGGAAAUUGACGUGCGUUGGAGGACUAUUAUGCACUUAAUAUACUUGAUAUGUUUUAUUUGAAAUGUUUUAGGCACUGUUAGAGGGAUUUAAUUAAAGAGUAGUGUUGGAGUGUCUGGCUUGGGUAGCAGACCUUUUUGUAAUGCCUUUUAUCAUCACAGGCCUCUAAUCCACUUUUAAUGUUACCAGAUAGCGAAAGAGAGAGAGAAGGAUGAACAAGGAGAGGACCUGGUCUUUUUGUGACCAUAAUGGAGGGGAGGGACAAAAGGGUGUGUCUCUUUCCCAGAGGUGUGGACUCGAAUCACAUGAUUUGGACUUGAGUCUGACUGUAGUCACAAAUUGUAUGACUUGAGACUCUACAUGAUAGAAAAUAAAUUAACUUGAGACUUGACUUGGACUUCGGGACUCUUAUUUGACCAGCAAACUGUCAAUCAACACAGGUCGGGUGAGCUUGCGCAGUGAGAACGUUUUGGGGGGUUGCGUUUUGGAAAAAUAUAUAGUUUUCAUACAUAUUUUAUUAGGCUACAUAGCCUACCAAUUAUAUUUUAUAUGUAUACCUUUGCUUAUUCGAUCUGGUCACUAACACAGGCUUACGGCAUUGCACCAUAUUCUUGUUUAAAAAAUAUCUAAUUUGUGCUUCAGAACCAAAAAGUUGCCCGUCUCGACUGUUGUCCAAUGACCAGUCAUCAGCUUUGUCACACAGAGGCGGGCGCACACAUCCAGAUUAGUCACCAGAAAGCACUUGUUUAGUUAAUUUUCUCCAGUUUUGUCUGGCAAAAACAGAGUAGCCUACCUACUUAUAAAGUACUGUAUAAAGUACAUAUAAAGUAGGCCUAUGUAUAAAGUAAAUAUAAAGUACUGUUUAGCAAUCUGCUACUGACGAAUAUUUGCCACAACAAUAGGCUACCUGGUGAUUUCAUUGAUCUUUUUCGUAUUUCAGACAGACCUAGUUUAAGUGGGUUAUAUUUACAGUGCCUUGCAAAAGUAGUCAUCCCCCUUAGCGUUUUUCCUAUUUUGUUGCAUUACAACCUGUAAUUUAAAUUGAUUUUUAUUUGGAUUUCAUGUAAUGGACAUACACAAAAUAGUCCAAAUUGGUGAAGUGAAAUGAAAAAAAUAACUUGUUUCAAAGAAUUCUAAAAAAUAAAUAACGGAAAAGUGGUGCGUGCAUAUGUAUUGACCCCCUUUGCUAUGAAGCCCCUAAAUAAGAUCUGGUGCAACCAAUUACCUUCAGAAGUCACAUAAUUAGUUAAACAAAGUCCACCUGUGUGCAAUCUAAGUGUCACAUGAUCUGUCAUAUGAUCUCAGUAUAUAUACACCUGUUCUGAAAGGCCCCAGAGUCUGCAACACCACUAAGCAAGGGGCACCACCAAGCAAGCGGCACCAUGAAGACCAAGGAGCUCUCCAAACAGGUCAGGGACAAAGUUGUGGAGAAGUACAGAUCAGUGUUGGGUUAUAAAAAAAUAUCUGAAACUUUGAACAUCCCACGGAGCACCACUGAAUCCAUUAUUAAAAAAUGAAAAGAAAAUGGCACCACAAGAAACCUGCCAAGAGAAGGCUGCCCACCGAAACUCACGGACCAGGCAAGGAGGGCAUUAAUCAGAGAGGCAACAAAGAGACCAAAGAUAACCCUGAAGGAGCUGCAAAGCUCCACAGCGGAGAUUGGAAUAUCUGUCCAUAGGACCACUUUAAGCCGUACACUCCGCAGAGCUGGGCUUUACGGAAGAGUGGCCAGAAAAAAGCCAUUGCUUAAAGAAAAAAAUUAACAAACGUGUUUGUUGUUCACCUAAAGGCAUGUGGGAGACUCCCCAAACAUAUGGAAGAGAUGCUCUGGUCAGAUGAGACUAAAAUUGAGCUUUUUGGCCAUCAAGGAAAACGCUAUGUCUGGCGCAAACCCAACACCUCUCAUCACCCCGAGAACACCAUCCCCACAGUAAAGCAUGGUGGUAGCAGCAUCAUGCUGUGGGGAUGUUUUUCAUCGGCAGGGAAACUGGUCAGAAUUGAAGGAAUUCUUGAGGGAAACCUGUUUCAGUUUCCAAAGAUUUGAGACUGGGACAGAGGUUCACCUUCCAACAGGACAAUGACCCUAAGCAUACUGCUAAAGCAACACUCGAGUGGUUUAAGGGGAAACAUUUAAAUGUCUUGGAAUGGCCUAGUCAAAUCCCAGACCUCAAUCCAAUUGAGAAUCUGUGGUAUGACUUAAAGAUUGCUGUACACCAGUAGAACCCAUCCAACUUGAAGGAGCUGGAGCAGUUUUGCCUUGAAGAAUGGGCAAAAAUCCCAGUGGCUAGAUGUGCCAAGCUUAUAGAGACAUACCCCAAGAGACAUGCAGCUGUAAUUGCUGCAAAAGGUGGCUCUACAAAGUAUUGACUUUGGAGGGGUGAAUAGUUAUGCACGCUCAAGUUUUCUGUUUUAUUUCUUGUUUGUUUCACAACAAAAAAUAUUUUGCAUCUUCAAAGUGGUAGGCAUGUUGUGUAAAUCAAAUGAUACAAACCCCCAAAAAUCUAUUUUAAUUCCAGGUUGUAAAGCAACAAAAUAGGAAAAAUGCAAAGGGUGGUGAAUACUUUCGCAAGCCACUGUAUGUACCUCAGUGGUGGUAAUGGUUAUACAGUAUGUCUAAAGAUAGCUGUAACAUUGCACUACCUUCAAUACUUAUGGCAUGAAGAUGUAACAUAUUCUGGCAAAUUAAUUAGGACAUUUGUGAGUAAGAAAAAAGCUACAGACAGAUCAUGCUUUCCAUGAUAUCCGUAUCCCUAGUUGAUAUUGACUUCUAACAUGAAUGACUUUCAGCUCAAAAUGCAGGUGUAAAACGCAGUUUACAGUCAUAUGAAAAAGUUUGGGCAUCCCUGACAAUUUCCAUGAUUUCCAUUUAUAAAAAAUUGGUGUUUGGAUCAGCAAUUUCAUUUUGAUCUAUCAAAUAACUGAUGGACACAGUAAUAUUUCAGUAGUGAAAUUAGGUUUUUUGGAUUAACAGAAAAUGUGCAAUAUGCAUCAAAACGAAAUUAGACAGGUGCAUGAAUUUGGGCACCCCAACAGAAAAAUCACAUCAAUAUUUAGUAGAGCCUCCUUUUGCUAAAAUAGCAGCCUCUAGAUGCUUCCUAUAGCCUCUAAUGAGUGUCUGGAUUCUGGAUGAAGGUAUUUUGGACCAUUCCUCCUUACAAAACAUCUCCACUUCAGUUAGGUUUGAUGGUUGCCGAACAUGGACAGGCCGCUUCAAAUCAUCCCACAGAUUCUCAAUGAUAUUCAGGUCUGGGGACUGGGAUGGCAAUUCCAGAACAUUGUACUUGUUCCUCUGCAUAAAUGCCUGGGUAGAUUUUGAGCAGUGUUUUGGGUCGUUGUCUUGUUGAAAUAUCCAGCCCCGGCGUAACUUCAACUUUGUGACUGAUUCUUCAACAUUAUUCCCAAGAAUCUGCUGAUAUUGAGUGGAAUCCAUGCAAUCCUCAACUUUAACAAGAUUCCCAGUACCGGCACUGGCCACACAGCCCCACAGCAUGAUGAAACCCCCACCAAAUUUUACUGUGGGUAGCAAGUGUUUUUCUUGGAAUGCUGUGUUCUUUUGCCGCCAUGCAUAACGCCCCUUGUUAUGACCAAAUAACUCAAUCUUUGUUUCAUCAGUCCACAGCACCUUAUUCCAAAAUGAAGCUGGCUUGUCCAAAUGUGCGUUUGCAUACCUCAAGCGACUCUGUUUGUGGCGUGUGUGCAGAAAAGGCUUCUUCCGCAUCACUCUCCCGUACAGCUUCUCCUUGUGCAAAGUGCGCUGAAUUGUUGAACGAUGCACAGUGACACUAUCUGCAGCAAGAUGUUGUUGUAGGUCUCUGGAGGUGGAAUGUGGGCUGUUUUUGACCGUUCUCACCAUCCUUCGCCUUUGCCUCUCCGAUAUUUUACUUGGCCUGCCACUUCUGGGCUUAACAAGAAAUGUGCCUGUGGUCUUCCAUUUCCUCACUAUGUUCCUCACAGUGGACACUGACAGCUUACAUCUCUGCGAUAGCUUUUUGUAGCCUUCCCCUAAACCAUAAUGUUGGACAAUCUUUGUUUUCAGGUCAUUUGAGAGUUGCCACUCUUCAGAGGAGAGUCAAAGAGAACAACAACUUGCAAUUGGCCACCUUAAAUACCUUUUCUCAUGAUUGGAUGCACUUGUCUAUGAAGUUCAAGGCUUAAUGAGCUCACCAAACCAAUUGUGUGUUCCAAUUAAUCAGUGCUAAGUAGUUACUGGUAAUCAAUUCAACAGAAUGACAAGGGUGCCCAUAUUUUUGCAUAGCCUAUUUUUCACAUCUGAUUUAAUUUCAUACAACUUAAUAUUGCUACACAAAAAAUAUUUGACUGGACAAUACCCCAGUACUCAGCUUUUAUUAGAAAAUGAAUGGCAUGCCACUGUGAUCAUUUUCUGUGACGACAGAGUAAAUUAUUAUGCAGCCUCAGAAGGGUGCCCAAACUUUUUCAUACGACUGUAUGUCUGUGUCUUGCAUUUUGGAAAUGCAUCACCAUUUAUGGCCGUAAUGACCGGCUACAUUUGCACAGCGAUUGUGUGCGCGUUCGCCCUGUGCGCAUAGCUGCUGGAAGAAGGGGUACUGAGGGUGCUGCAGCACCUACUAAAAAAUCUGAAUGACAAAAAAAUAGUACUGGGCCUUUACUAGUCCUGUAUUAGCAGACCGAUAUAGCUGUCUGUAGUGCGGGCAAACAUGUUUUCUGGCUCUUGUGACUUGAGACUUGCUUGUGACUCUAAUAAUAGUGACUUGGUCCCAGUGGCGUCUAUUCAUGGACACCAAGGGAAGCCAGGCUUCCCCAAAUAUUUGACCAAUAAAAAAAUUAAAAUUAUAAAAUAAUUUACCUUUCGUCUCUCUGUGUUUUCAUCAUUUUUCGUCAAUUCUCAAGUGGCUGAAUCUCACCGGAGAAUUCAUCCGAGCAAGGAAACAGCGCCCCUCACUCUCAGUAUGUGUAGCCCAUGUAUCUGAUGCUGUCUGGACCAAAAGAGUAUGACAUGUUGCCGCCGUAGCAUUUGAUUGAUUGAUACCAGCAAGCAUUUGGCCUCCCUUGAUAAAACAAACUAUAAAAUAAUUAGCCAAUCAGCGUUGCUGUCCUGGUGCAGCAAAACGCCCCCCAAGGGAGGACAGUUUGGAUAUGGCUUCACACUAAUCAAAUCACUUUCUAAGCAAACGUGUCUGUUUCUGGUCUGCUUGUGUUAAUGUCCUGCAGUAGCAAGCUUGCUAAAUCUGGCCUUUGCUAAGCCAUGGAUGGAGAUGGGGAUUUGGACUUGUGGUUUUCAAUUAAUUCUCUGUACAGGCCAAUGAUUAUGAUGGUGAUUCUGAUCUAACCAUGAAUAUGUUGUGCCACUGGCCUGAGACGAUUGAAGUUCAAUAUGUAGCCUAGAUGUAGCCUAGUAGGCUCACGUUAACUAGCUAGCUAACUUAGCUGGUUCAUUGUUGCCCAUGCGAGGAAGUUAGCUAGCAAACAUUUUAGCUAGGUAGCCUAUGAUAACAAAAACAAAGCCAUAGACUGUUUUGCCAACAUGAAAAAGAGGAGGAUGGCAUUGGCGUUCAACUAGUCUACAAGUAAGUUGAGUCAACAUGAUCUGUUUUGCACGCAUGCACACACACACAGAAAUCAGUAUGGACAGCCACAUGAUAUUUUGCAACGGUGAUUGGACUAAAUCGUUUUUGGUGUCUUUAAGUUUGUUUUCAGUGUAUUAAACUAAGCAUAUAUAGCCUUGUUGAUUUGAUGAUGUUUAAAUGUUUAAGUUGAAAUGGUGCUGGAACAGCGGAGGCAGUGCUCCUGUUUUAUGCUGACUUGUGGUAACUCUGUGGUUCUAAAUCAGUUGUUUUUUAGUAAACUGUCGAAAACAUAAACUUGCUUGACCAUGCUGCAGGCAAUAUUUGCUUUGUGGACUUCACCGGACAGAUGUUGCUCUCCGGUUUUGUGAUGAAACAAAGAAUGUGUAGUUUAAUUUAUUAUUUCACUGUGUGAACGUUUUCUUUUUCUUCUCAUGGCCUUAUUGUAUAUCACGGUGGCGUAUGAACAAAUUGAUUAUAGAGCAAACAACGCAAAUAUCACAACAUAGGUUGUAAUAUGUAUUUUUUAUUGGCUUGGCUUGGCUUCUUCAGUGAUUUUACCCACACACCGCUACUGAUUGGUCCCACCUCUGUCCUUUCCCCAUCUCUAUCUCUUUAUUUCUCUCUCUCCUGCUCAGCCACUCCAGCCCCAGCCUCUCCUUCUCAGGCGUGACUGCCCUCCACUGGAGAACCAGAGUACAACCUGAACCUUCCUCCACAGACAGACAGAAACAGAGACCUAGAUAGACAAUGAGAAAAAUACACAUUCAUAGGCAGAGAGUGAGAGAGAGAGUGAGAGAGAGGAGAGAGAGAGUGAGAGAGUGAGAGAGAGCGAGAGAGAGAGAGAGAGAGAGAGAGAGAGAGAGAGACCAUUAUAUAAAGCCAAACAUCUUCCAUCUGAUUCCAUGGGAUACUAACCUCAACUACAGUAAGCCUCAGCAGCUUCCUAAUAAAGUUAGUUACUGUCUUUCCACCCUCUCCCCUCCCUCUCUCUUUUAUCCCCUUGCCCCCCUCUGUGCCGGCCACGCUCUCUCCCCAGUGGUGAUUUCACAGGCUGCCAGUUCCAGUCUGCAGGUAGCUGCCAGCCCUGCUGACCAUCCCUCUCAACCCGUUCCCAUGGCCGUGUAGAGCCUGGGAUACAGCCCACUAGCCCACUAGCCCGCUGGGAAAAGCACCCCUCCUUCUCUGCAGGGGAGAGGAGAUUAAUCCCUCCAUCCCUCUCUCUCCAUCCCUCCAUCCCUGCAGCUAGGCCUGCUCUCUAGCCCACUUACCGUAGUGCAGGGCAAGCCUACUGGAACAUAGUAUACAUGGUGGGAGAGCCUGAGUGGGAGGGUAUGGGUAUUAGGCACUGAAGCCUAUUUGCAGCUGUGAAUGUGUUCUCUAGAUCAGUGCAUUUACACCGAUGUAGAGAACAAUGACAUUCCAUUCCGUUCUCCCCCGGCCAACUCUAGGAAGAGUCUUGGUUGUUCCAAACUUCUAACAUUUAGGAAUGAUGGAGGCCACGGUGUUCUUGGAGACCUUCAAUGCUGCAGACAUUUUUUGGUACCCUUCCCCAGAUCUGUGCCUCGACGUAAUCCUGUCUCGGAGCUCUAAGGACAAUUCCUUUGACCUCAUGGCUUGGUUUCUGCUCUGACAUGCACUGUCAACUGUGGGACCUUAUAAAGACAGGUGUGUGCCUUUCUAAAUCAUGUCCAAUCAAUUGAAUUUACCACAGGUGGACUACAAUCAAGUUGUAGAAACAUCUCAAGGAUGAUCAAUGGAACCAGGAUGCACCUGAGCUCAAUUUCGAGUCUCAUAGCAAAGGGUCUGAAUACUUAUGUAAAUAAGGUAUUUCUGUUUUUUAUUUUAAAUACAUUUGCACAAAAUCUAAAAACCUGUUUUCGCUUUGUCAUUAUGGGGUAUUGUGUGUAGAUUGAUGAGGGAAAAAAUAAUUUAAUCCAUUUUAGAAUAAGGCUGUAACGUAACAAAAUUUGGAAAAAGUCAAGGGGUCUUAAUACUUUCCGAAUGCACUGUACAUGACAUCAGAGCUCUGGCUCUGCACUUUUUUUUUUUUUUCUUUUUUUUUUCUUCACCUUUAUUCAACCAGGUAAGCCAGUUGAGAACAAGUUCUCAUUUACAACUGCGACCUGGCCAAGAUAAAGCAAAGCAGUGCGAUAAAAACAACAACACAGAGUUACAUAUGGGGUAAAACAAAACAAAGUCAAAAAUACAACAGAAAAAAAAUAUAUAUAUACAGUGUGUGCAAAUGUAGCAAGUUAUGGAGGUAAGGCAAUAAAUAGGCUAUAGUGCAAAAUAAUUACAAUUAGUAUUAACACUGGAAUGAUAGAUGUGCAAGAGAUGAUGUGCAAAUAGAGAUACUGGGGUACAAAUGAGCAAAAUAAAUAACAAUAUAGGGAUGAGGUAGUUGGGCGGGCUAAUUUCAGAUGGGCUGUGUACAGGUGCAGUGAUCGGUAAGGUGCUCUGACAACUGAUGCUUAAAGUUAGUGAGGGAGAUAAGUGUCUCCAGCUUCAGAGAUUUUUGCAAUUUGUUCCAGUCAUUGGCAGCAGAGAACUGGAAGGAAUGGCGGCCAAAGGAGGUGUUGGUUUUGGGGAUGACCAGUGAGAUAUACCUGCUGGAGCGCAUACUACGGGUGGGUGUUGCUAUGGUGACCAAUGAGCUAAGAUAAGGCGGGGAUUUGCCUAGCAGUGAUUUAUAGAUGGCCUGGAGCCAGUGGGUUUGGCGACGAAUAUGUAGUGAGGACCAGCCAACAAGAGCGUACAGGUCACAGUGGUGGGUAGUAUAUGGGGCUUUGGAGACAAAACGGAUGGCACUGUGAUAGACUACAUCCAAUUUGCUGAGUAGAGUGUUGGAGGCUAUUUUGUAAAUGACAUCGCCGAAGUCAAGGAUCGGUAGGAUAGUCAGUUUUACGAGGGCAUGUUUGGCAGCAUGAGUGAAGGAGGCUUUGUUGCGAAAUAGGAAACCGAUUUUAGAUUUAACUUUGGAUUGGAGAUUCUUAAUGUGAGUCUGGAAGGAGAGGUUACAGUCUAACCAGACACCUAGGUAUUUGUAGUUGUCCACAUACUCUAGGUCAGACCCGUCGAGAGUAGUGAUUCUAGUCGGGUGGGCGGGUGCAAGCAGCGUUCGGUUGAAGAGCAUGCAUUUAGUUUUACUAGUGUUUAAGAGCAGUUGGAGGCUACUGAAGGAGUGUUGUAUGGCAUUGAAGCUCGUUUGGAGGUUUGUUAACACAGUGUCCAAUGAAGGGCCAGAUGUAUACAAAAUGGUGUCGUCUGCGUAGAGGUGGAUCUGAGAGUCACCAGCAGCAAGAGCGACAUCAUUGAUAUACACAGAGAAAAGAGUCGGCCCAAGAAUUGAACCCUGUGGCACCCCCAUAGAGACUGCCAUAGGUCCAGACAACAGGCCCUCCGAUUUGACACAUUGAACUCUAUCUGAGAGGUAGUUGGUGAACCAGGCGAGGCAGUCAUUUGAGAAACCAAGGCUAUUUAGUCUGCCAAUAAGAAUGCGGUGGUUGACAGAGUCGAAAGCCUUGGCCAGGUCAAUGAAAACGGCUGCACAGUACUGUCUAUUAUCGAUCGCGGUUAUAAUAUCGUUUAGGACCUUGAGCGUGGCUGAAGUGCACCCAUGACCAGCUCGGAAACCGGAUUGCAUAGCGGAGAAGGUACGGUGGGAUUCGAAAUGGUCGGUGAUCUGUUUGUUAACUUGGUUUUCAAAAACUUUUGAAGGGCAGGAUGGAUAUGGGUCUGUAACAGUUUGGAUCUAGAGUGUCACCCCCUUUGAAGAGGGGGAUGACCGCGGCAGCUUUCCAAUCUCUGGGGAUCUCAGACGUUACGAAAGAGAGGUUGAACAGGCUAGUAAUAGGGGUUGCGACAAUUUCGGCGGCUAGUUUUAGAAAGAAAGGGUCCAGAUUGUCUAGCCCAGAUGAUUUGUAGGGGUCCAGAUUUUGCAGCUCUUUCAGAACAUCAGCUGUCUGGAUUUGUGUGAAGGAGAAGCGGGGGGGGCAUGGGCAAGUUGCAGCGGAGGGUGCAGAGCUGGUGGCCGGGGUAGUGGUAGCCAGGUGGAAAGCAUGGCCAGUCGUAGCAAAAUGCUUGUUGAAAUUCUCGAUUAUUGUAGAUUUAUCGGUGGUGAUAGUGUUUCCUAGCCUCAGUGCAGUGGGCAGCUGGGAGGAAGUGCUCUUAUUCUCCAUGGACUUUACAGUGUCCCAAAACUUUUUGGAGUUAGUGCUACAGGAUGCAAAUUUCUGUUUGAAAAAGUUAGCCUUUGCUUUCCUAACUGCUUGUGUAUAUUGGUUCCUAACUUCCCUGAAAAGUUGCAUAUCGUGGGGGCUAUUUGAUGCUAAUGCAGUACGCCACAGGAUGUGUUUGUGCUGGUCAAGGGCAGUCAAGUCUGAGGAGAACCAGGGGCUAUAUCUGUUCUUAGUUCUGUAUUUUUUGAAUGGGGCAUGUUUAUUUAAGAUUGAGAGGAAAUUACUUUUAAAGAACAACCAGGCGGAAUGAGAUCUAUAUCCAUCCAGGAUACCUGGGCCAGGUCAAUUAGGAAGGCCUGCUCGCUGAAGUGUUUUUGGGACCGUUUGACAGUGAUGAGGGGUGGUCGUUUGACCGCGGACCCGUUACGGACGCAGGCAAUAAGGCAGUGAUCGCUGAGAUCCUGGUUGAAGACAGAGGAGGUGUAUUUAGAGGGUAAGUUAGUCAGGAUGAUAUCUAUGAGGGUACCCAUGUUUACGGAUUUAGGGUUGUACCUGGUAGGUUCGUUGAUAAUUUGUGUGAGAUUGAGGGCAUCUAGUUUAGAUUGUAGGAUGGCCGGGGUGUUAAGCAUAUCCCAAUUUAGGUCACCAAGCAGUACGAACUCUGAGGAUAGAUGGGGGGCAACCAAUUCACAUAUGGUGUCCAGGGCACAGCUGGGGGCUGAGGGGGGUCUGUAGCAAGCGGCAACAGUGAGAGAUUUAUUUCUGGAAAGGUGGAUUUUUAGAAGUAGAAGCUCAAACUGUUUGGGCACAGACCUGGAUAGUAUGAUAGAGCUCUGCAGGCUAUCUCUACAGCAUGGGCGGUGUGUUCAAUAGGGCGAUAUGGGCGACGCACUGCCAAACGGGAAAAGGAAGGGAUUUUUUUUCUAAUCAAUUAUAUCAUGGCAACAGUAGUUCAGUGUUCACGUCUGAUCUGCCAGCCACUAAAUGUCCAAUCAGGCUAAAGUCGUGCUUCAAAUGUCCCCGCCCGUUUUGGGGCGAUUUCAGUCAGGUUGAAAAUCGCCCAGAAGUCUCUCAUAGCCUCUAAUGUAAAAUAUUUUUUUUUCAAAUUUCUGAGCUUUCAAUACAUUCUCUAUGGGUGUCUGAGGGCUUGCACUUACGCGCUUUCGUCAUACGUAACGUAACGUAACCAUGAACGGCAGACAGCAACGCUUGGACAGCGACUGGUGUAACCGACAUGCACCAUCUUUCAGAAAAGAUUAAGAAAAAUGAGCUGUCAAAGACCCACAUUGAUAGCUGUUUGAGAUUGUCUGCUUUGGUGAGAGUGAAUAUUGCCACUCAACUGGAUGAGGGAUACAGGCUAGCUGUCCGCCGCCACAACGAUGAGGUUAGCAACAGCAGAGUCGUGAACACUGUCUACGAGAAUCGAGACGACCUCAUAGAAUGUUUUGAAGCCAUCCGGACGGGUUCAUUGGGUUCAUUUGACCAGCCCACCGUACCAGAAGCUACAGAAUAAGGACAUCGAUGCUGUCUUUAUCAAACGUGCCCUCGACAGCUUCGCAAGCAGUGUGCAGGCCAUAAGGUAAGAUAAAGAUUAAACAAUAUCAUUCGAUCUUUCUCAAAGCAGAGCUUUAUUUGAAAAUGUAUGCAUGAAAGGAGACUGCAUUUGUGUUUGAAAUUACAUUAUUGUCAUUAUAUAUGGCCAGUGGUGUAAUCUAUCUUAUUUUAUAUACUAUGUGUACUGUACAGUGGUGCUCAUAAGUGUAUGAACACAUUCUAAAGCUGACUAAAAAGAGGAAUAAAAAAAUAAAAAAAUCUGUUCAUGUUCAUUUUUACAAAUCUAUACAAUUGGCCAGAAUAUGGUUGUUCAUAUUUACAAAUCUAUACAAUUGGCCAGAAUAUGGUUGUUCAUUUUUACAAAGCCAUACAUAUUGUUUAUGCAGUGUUGAGGAAUGUGAAAGAACACCCUUGAUUAUUUUUACUGUGAUAACUUAUUUUGCUUUUGUAAGCCAACACUUUUGAGAUCAGUCAAUAAAUGCUUCUGGUAUUGACUUAUAUGCUGCCCCUGUCUUCAUGUUGUUGCUGGACAUAUCUUUUUAAAAAUGUGUGUAGGUCACCUAAAUCAUCAGAAAAAUUGCCCCUCCUGAGAAUUUUUUCAGGAGCCGCCACUGCUCUACAGUAGAUUGCAACUCCACCCCCUUUGGCAGUUCUAUCUAGACGGAAAAUGUUAUAGUUGGGGAUGGAAAUUUCAGAAUUUUUGGUGACUUCACAGCGCUGUAUGGGUUUGACUGACAGCCAUUCUGAACUUGAGCACUUCACGCGACAAGAAGUUGCCCCCAUCCCUCACGCUAAUUGGACAACUUUUGCAAAUGUUUUGUUGUCUUGACUGAGAGAAAUGCUGUAAAUUAAGAUGACUCCAUGUAUUUUGAAAGAUGAGACGUUGAGGAUUAUAAUACAAUAAAUAUCGCUUUGAUGUCAUACAAGCAAGCCAAACAGCCAUGAGUCCAAAUGUGCACGUCACAUUUCCAUAUAAUAAAACUCAUGUCAUAUACAGUGUCAACGUUUAUGAUCACUAUGUUUGAUGUACAGUUACUUGGUUGUUCUGAACAGAAUUAGCCUAUAUUUGUCUAUUGUGAAGAAAAUUCGCCUCGGCACACGCACCUGAAUGCACACAUGACUCCUUUCUAUGCGCAUCAAAAUUAUCUGUUUCCCUGAAUUGCAUUGUCAAAGCCUAACACUGUAAUAUCGUAUUUUAUAACUUAGCUAGUCAUGAUGGCAAUAGAACAGAACUUUCAGAUGAUGCUCACCUUACCCAGAUUGCAAUUUAUAAUGGACCAUUUUUGAAUUGCAUAAAGGACAGUAAUUGUGUGAGGGCAGGGAUGCAGGGUUGUUUUCCCAAAAAAAAUACUAUAAGUGUGUUUGCUCUAGUUCCUCAAUGGCACAGCUAGGAGAGCAACAUUUUUUUUUAAACAGUUCGUUCAAGAUUGACGGCGAAAUUGGAGGUCUAUCCAUGUCAUGAAGAUGUCGGAAAAUGCCUUCAAAACUGGCCACUGGGGGGGGGCAACAUUGAGCGCUAUUACCAUCAAGUUCAAUCCCAGUAGUGGACACUUAACCCUUACCUUGACCAUUCAGAAUGAGUGCCUAAACUUAACCAUUAACUUCUAAAUUUGACGUUUGGAGAAAUGGAACGAUACAGAGCAGCAGGAGCAAUAAAACACUUUGAAAUGUGACGUUUGGAGAAUGUGGAUGAACGUCUAAUUCUGCACUGAGACCCUUGAGAGCUUUUAAUUGAAGACUUAUAAAGCACCUUAUAAUUGAAGACUCUUCUUUGAGUCAUAGAAGUGCAUUGACAUUUCUUAAGAACUAUGCACACUUUGGAGAGGUGUGUGGCCACUUGGAGACACCAGUUAGUCCUCUCACUCAAACCCUUGUAAUUUUUUGUCUUAUGUUGCACCUACCCCACAUUUUCAUGGAAUAGUCUUAUCAUGUUACUGAAUGUAUCCAGAGUAUCUUCAGAUUUUGUUAUAAACAAAUGCGGCAGAAAGUACAGUAAAUGUAAAAUUAACAUAAAAUCAACAGUGUAAUGUUUGGAUUCAGAUUGUGUAAGGUGAACUGUUGUAUACUCACCGUUGGUCUAAUAAAUUCCCCAUACUCUCCAAACUGUUUCCUUUCAAUUGCUACCAUGGUUAUGCAUGUGCUUUUCAUAUUUCUUCUGUAAGAAACAUUUCAAUUUAGCCCGAUCCAUAUAAGCCAAUUCCCACGAGUGUAAAGGGUUAACAUGCUACCCUCCUCCUCCUCGCAGAUAAAGAGUGAGUACAGUAUGUGUACUUUCUUUGAACCUGUUGCUCUAACCCCAUCUCCUCCUCUCCAUUUCUCCUCCUCUCCAUCUCUCCUCCUCCCUCUGUCUGUCCAGGUAUUCUAAACUGGCCGACCCAGCUGAGUGGCUGUCCAUCAACACCACCAACGGUCAGAUCGUCACCACGGCAACCCUGGACAGAGAGUCCAUCUACGUCAAAAACAACAUCUACGAAGCCACCUUCCUCGCAGUCGAUAACGGUGAGUCUGUGUCCACUAUGUGUGUGCGUAUGUGGUGGGGCAUGUGUGGCAGAAAGACAAGACAGAGAGAAAGGAGACAUGAUGUGCAGAAGAUAGAGGUGGUCCCAGUGGGGUUGAGCAGAGACAUAACUAAAGCUGAGUUAGAUCUGAAACUCCUGGUUACAGAGAGCUAGUCAUGCUGUAUCGAUCCGUUGCCCUUCCUCUUCUCUUUUCCUCCUCUCUUCCUUUCUCCUCUCUUCCUUUCUCCUCUGCCCAUGGCAUUGAGUGUGGCACAUCCAGUUUGUUCUGCCGCCCAGUCAAAGCUCAAGCUUAACCGAGCACAAACUCAAUCGCAGCAAACAAAAAUACUAUUUUUUUCUCCUGCGGAAGCAAACAGAGUACUAUUCCCCCCCCCCCCAAAGUGCCUUAUCAGUGACAUGCAGUGCAUUGGUGUGUUUACCUAAAGUUGGGAUGGCUUUGAAGCAUGAUUGACAUUGCCUGUGCAUGUGCGUGUGCGUGUGCGUGUGUGUGUGCGUGUGUGUGUGUGUGUGUGUGUGUGUGUGUGUGUGUGUGUGUGUGUGUGUGUGUGUGUGUGUGUGUGUGUGUGUGUGUGUGUGUGCGUGCGUGUUCACAGUGAUUGACAACUUCAGAAACCAUGAUGUGUACUUCCUGUGUUGUUUUCUGCAGCAGAGGGGGGGAUUAGACAGCAAACCCAUUAGGGCUGACACGCUCCCAUCAUUUCCAUGCCUCCGCUCGCGCUUUCUCUCGUUCUCUCCUUUCCCUUCUCUUUUUCCAUUUCAUCUUCUCUGUCCCUCUCUCUCCUUGCAAACUUUUUCAAAGCCCUCUGACCCUAUGAAAGUUCCAUGUGACAUGUUUUCUCUGCACUUUUCCAUGUGACAUGUUUUCUCCCUCUCAUUAUGUAGAUCACCGUUUUUAGGUUCGCCACCAGUGGUAUUAUUGGGAAAUUAUGGCUGUGUGUGUGUGUGUGUGUGUGUGUGUGUGUGUGUGUGUGUGUGUGUGUGUGUGGUGUGUGUGUGUGUGUGUGUGUGUGUGUGUGUGCGUGUGCGUGCGUGUGUGUGUGUGUGUUGCAGACUGUGUGGGUGUAGGGAGAGUGUCUGCUGUGAUAAAGUGAGAGGGAUUAAGGAAGCGCUGGGGGUGGUGGGAGGAUGAGAGGAUGAGAGAAGGAGGCAGAAAGAGAAAGAGGGGGGUGACAGUAUUUAGGAGAGAAACACAGUCAGAGAGAGCUAACAUAUUAUCAUGGCUGUCACCACCAAAUCACCUACACACACAUCUGUUUUAACCCACCUAUGGAUUUGUUUAUUUCUUCUUUAAAGAACAUACGGUAGGCUUGCUAGAAGUCCUUUCUUCACGCCUGAAAUCUUUUAGCCGACAUGAAGAAAAAAAAUAUUAUUACAAAUCCUUUUGAGGAAUUUACACAAACAUAAUUAUUUAUUUAGCUGGUUAAAACCCCCAUAAUUCUCCUAUCAGCCUCAGCAAGCUGCUUCCACAUGUCCCCCAUACAUGACUGGGAUUAACAAACUAAACCACCAGACAGGGGAACUAAACCACCAGACAGGGAAACUAAACCACCAAACAGGGGAACUAAACCACCAGACAGGGAAACUAAACCACCAGACAGGGGAACUAAACCACCAGACAGGGGAACUAAACCACCAGACAGGGGAACUAAACCACCAGACAGGGGAACUAAACCACCAGACAGGGGAACUAAACCACCAGACAGGGGAACUAAACCACCAGACAGGGAAACUAAACCACCAGACAGGGGAACUAAACCACCAGACAGGGGAACUAAACCACCAGACAGGGGAACUAAACCACCAGACAGGGGAACUAAACCACCAGACAGGGGAACUAAACCACCAGACAGGGGAACUAAACCACCAGACAGGGGAACUAAACCACCAGACAGGGGAACUAAUCCACCAGACAGGGGAACCCUUCCAGUCUGUAUGUGCACGCAUGCGGGGACAUGUUUGUUUCUCUCUGUGUGUGUGUGUGUGCUUUUGUGUGCAUAAGCUAUGUGAUGUGUGUCUUACCACUCUCCCCUCACUGCUUUGUUCCAAUAGAGAAGAUAUGGACUCAGGAGUAGAGAUGGAUACAGUGAAGUGGAAUUAGGGAAAUAGUAUCCACAGACUUGAUGAAAGGAGAACAUACAGUAUGGUCCGUCUGUCACCAUACAGACUACAGAGAACGCGCUGUAAGGUAGCUACCCAGUUUACACACCUCUGUUGGUGGUGAAUAUGGUCAUCAUAGUAUUGGAGACUAGUACUGAACAAAAGUCAACAUUGAGAUGAUAAUCCCCCCAUGUUAAAUGUCAUGCCUCCUAUUUUACUUCUUCAUCUGUCAGUUAGCAAGCCUUCUGCUGUUGCUGAUAAGGUCAAGGGUUAUGAACUGGUAACUGAUGUAAAUUAUCAUGACUGCAGGAUUCCUCUGGUACCCCUGUCCCUCUCUCUCCUCUCUCCUUCUCUCUCCCGCUCCUCUGUAGUACUCUUUAUCUCACUCUCCCCGUCUUUCUCCCUCUUUGUCAAAUGUCUUGCACCGUUGCCAAGUUUAAUUGCCAGAUCUGUGAGCUUUACAUAAAUCUUUGGUAAAUGACAGAGCUCUUAUCUCUGUCCCGGGCUUGGUUCUGGGACACUUCCCCACUAACCAUUGGCUGAGCCAGCGGGGCGUGGCAGGUAAAUUACUUCUAAUUGGAGGCAGCAAAGGGUCACCGGCCCCCUGACACACACUCAAUAAACAGCACUGAGCUGAUAGUACUGCUGCACACAGUCUCUCUCUCUCUCAUUUAGACUGAGACAGUCACUCUUUUUAUUUAUUUAUUUCUUUUUAACACACACACAUGACUCUCUUUUUCUCUAGUAUACUGUCUCUUCCUCUCUUAUACACAUUUGGUAUUUUUCUCUUUCCUCUUGCUGUACUUUCUCGUUCUGUCUCUCUUGUCGUUUCUCUCUGAUUGCUGAAGGCCUUUUCUCUCUUCAGUCUUUCUCUGACAUCUAAAUGUUAUGUGGCCAUGUCCAUCGGUUCACUCAGUCAAUGCAAAUGGCCUUCACAUUGUGUAUGUAUACAUGUUUACACACACACACACACACACACACACACAUACAUAUACACACACCUCAGAGAAAAUAUCCACAGACUGUUUUAUUGUGUUAUAUUAAUUGUUAUUGUCUCUGGCGAGUGUGUGAGCUGUGUAUGUAGGGAGAUGGGUUGUGAUGAGAGGGAUUUGGCUGUAAGAAAUAAGGGGAGGUUGAACAGUGUCAAAGUGCGACGUGAAUGCGGUAGGCGAAGUCAAACGCAGGACACCGAGCUACUGGAAACAAUACUUUACUAACAAAGUAACCAGAAUACAAAACAACCUCCAAACAGGGAGGGGAAUACCCGCACACUAGCAACUGCCGAAAAUGACGAGAACAAUCACACACAACACACAAUGAACGACAGAGGGUUAAAUAGGGAAUACAAUACAACAUAAUAGGAAACAGGUGUACACAAUCAAGACAAAACAAGUCAAACACAGAAACAUAGAUCGGUGGCAGCUAGUACUCCGGGGACGACGAACGCCGAAGCCUGCCCGAGCAAGGAGGAGGAGCAGCCUCGGCUGAUUGCUUGACAAACAGCCAAAUAGUCAGAAGUGUUUCUGUCAGGAACAGAGUUUUCCUCUGGCACCAAAGCUCCCUAGCAGUUCUCUCUCUCUCUCUCUCUCUCUCUCUCUCUCUCUCUCUCUCUCUCUCUCUCUCUCUCUCUCUCUCUCUCUCUCUCUCUCUCUCUCUCUCUCUCUCUCUCAAUUCAAAGGGCUUUAUUGGCAUGGGAAACAUAUGUUUAUAUUGCCAAAGCAAGUUAAAUGGAUAAUAAAAAAUGAACAGUAAACAUUACAUUCACAAAAGUUCAAAAGCAAUAGAGACAUUUAAAAUGUCAUAUUAUGGCUAUAUACAGCGUUGUAAGGAUGUGCAAAUAGCUCAAGUACAAAAGGGAAAAUAAUUAAACAUAAAUGUGGGUUGUCUAUAUGGGUUGUAUUUACAAUGGUGUUUGUUCUUCACUGGUUGCCGUUUUCUUGUGGCAACAGGUCACACAUCUUGCUGCUGUGAUGGCACACUGUGGUAUUUCACCCAAUAUAUAUAUUUUUUAAUUGGAUUUGUUUUCGAAUUCUUUGUGGGUCUGUGUAAUCUGAGGGAAGUAUGUGUCUCUAAUAUGGUCAUACAUUUGGCAGGAGGUUAGGAAGUGCAGCUCAGUUUCCAACUCAUUUUGUGGGCAGUAUGCACAUAGCCUGCCUUCUCUUGAGAGCCAGGUCUACCUACGGCAGCCUCUCUCAAUAGCAAGGCUUUGCUCACUGAGUCUGUACACAGUCAAAGCUUUCCUUAAUUUUGGGUCAGUCACAGUGGUCAGGUAUUCUGCCACUGUGUACUCUCUGUUUAGAGCCAAAUAGCGUUCUAGUUUGCUCUGUUUUCUUGUUAAUUCUUUCCAAUGUGUCAAGUAAUUAUAUUUUUGUUUGCUCAUGAUUUGGUUGGGUGUAAUUGUGUUGCUAUCCUGGGGCUCUGUGGGGUCUGUUUGUGUUUGUAAACAGAGCCCCAGGACCAGCAUGCUUAGAGGACUCUUCUCCAGGUUAAUCUCUCUGUAGGUGAUGGCUUUGUUAUGUAAGAUUUGGGAAUCGCUUCCUUUUAGGUGGUUGUAGAAUUUAAUGGCUCUUUUCUGGAUUUUGAUAAUUAGCGGGUUUCGGCCUAAUUCUGCUCUGCAUGCAUUAUUUGGUGUUUUACGUUAUACACUGAGGAUAUUUUUGCAGAAUUCUGCAUGCAGUCUCAAUUAGGUGUUUGUCCCAUUUUGUGAAUUCUUGGUUGGUGAGCGGACCCCAGACCUCACAACCAGAAAGGGCAAUGGGUUCUAUAACUGAUUCAAGUGUUUUUUGCCAGAUCCUAAUUGGUAUGUUGAAUUUUAUGUUCCUUUUGAUGGCAUAGAAGGCCCUUCUUGCCUUGUCUCUCAGAUCGUUCACAGCUUUGUGGAAGUUACCUGUGGCGCUGAUGUUUAGGCCAAGGUAUGUAUAGUUUUUUGUGUGUGCGCUAGGGCAAUGGUGUCUAGAUGGAAUUUGUAUUUGUGGUCUUGGCAACUGGACCUUUUUUGGAACACCAUUAUUUUUGUCUUACUGAGAUUUACUGUCAGGGCCCAGAUCUGACAGAAUCUGUGCAGAAGAUCUAGGUGCUGCUGUAGGCUCUUUAAUAGUUGAUUCUAAGAUUUGUAUUUGAUCAUGUAUAUGUUUUUGCUGUUUGUUCUUUGUUAUAGAACCAAAAAGAUUGGAGAAGUGGUUUAUCCAUACAUCUCCGUUUUGGAUAGAUACUGUAACUCUUCGUGUUGUUGUUUGUUUGGUGUGUUCCAAUUUUCCCAGAAGUGGUUAGAUUUGAUGGAUUCUUCAAUUUCAUUGAGCUGAUUUCUGACGUGCUGUUCCUUCUUUUUCCGUAGUGUAUUUGUGUAUUGUUUUAGUGAUUCACCAUAGUGAAUAGGCGUAGGCUCAGGUUCUCUGUUUUCUCUUUCUUAGGUUUUUGCAUUCUUCAUCAAACCAUUUGUCUUUGUUGUUAAUUUUCUUAGGUUGUCUGCUUGAUAUUUUUUAGAUUUGAUAGGGAGCUGAGAGGUGAAAUAUACUGUUUAGGUUUUCUACUGCCAAGUUUACACCUUUACUAUUACAGUGAAACGUUUUGUCCAGGAAGUUGUCUGUCUCUCUCUCUCUCUCUCUCUCUCUCUCUCUCUCUCUCUCUCUCUCUCUCUCUCUCGCGCGCUCUCUCUCUCUCUCUCUCUCUCUCUCUCUCUCUCUCUCUCUCUCUCUCUCUCUCUCUCUCUCUCUCUCUCUCUCUCUCUCUCUCUCUCUCUCUCUCUCUCUCUCUCAUUACAGGAGAUACACUUAUCUCUCGGUAUAUCUAUCUUUCUCCCUUUCUGUCUGUCUUCCUUUAUUUGCUUUCUCACUAUCUCCACUUCCAGUCCUUUUCUCUAGUUCUCUCACUCUAUCUUCCUACCCUGUCUCUGUCGUCUCUCUCUCUCUAUCUUUCUCUCUCUGCCCCCUUGAAGAGAAGUCAUUGUUCUGUUAGGGUAUUGUUUGGAAAGGGCAGUGAGUGUUCUGAUCAGUGUGCAGCUGUGAGGCCAUGUGUGUGUGAGGGUUAAUGGAGACACGCAUGGCCGUGAGUGUUUGCUUAACAAUAACAACAACAGUAACAAUAACCCCUUCCCUUACCUCAUCUCCCCCUUGCCUUUCCUCCACUCUCCCCCUCUCCUGUCCUCCCAGGCUCUCCCAUGGCCAGCGGUACAGGAACCCUCCAGAUCAAUCUGAUAGAUGUGAAUGAUAAUGCUCCGUCUCUGCUGCCCCGUGAGUCUCAGAUCUGUGAGCGCAUCAACCGCAACACUGGCAUCAACAUCACGGCUGCAGACUCAGACACGGACCCCAACGUAGGCCCCUUCGUAUUUGAGCUGCCCACCUUCCCCACCAGCGUACGACGCAACUGGACUGUGUCACGUCUCAACGGUGAGGGGUGGGGGGGUAGUAAAGGCAGUGCCUAAGAAUGUUUUGAUAUUGGAUAUUAACAGUAUGUAUCUGUCUGUUCCCUCUCUCCCCUCCCCUUCCCAGGUGACUAUGCCCGGUUGAGUUUGCGGAUCCAGUAUCUGGAGCCUGGGGUGUAUGAGGUGCCUGUGAUUGUGAGCGACUCAGGGAACCCUCCGCUCUCCAACAGGUCCAUUAUAAAGGUCAAGGUGUGUCCGUGUGAUGAGAACGGAGACUGCACCCUGGUCGGGGCUGUGGCUGCCGCAGGACUGGGGACUGGAGCCAUCAUAGCCAUACUCAUCUGUAUCAUCAUACUGCUCAGUGAGUAGAUACACACAAACUAUUUUUCUUGUAUUCACAAGCACACACAGAGAAUACACAUACACACCUGCCAUACCUCCAGACGCUUCACUUAGUUUCGCUCAGAGCCAUCACUUUCUUAUUAACAGCUAAUUGUGUUCACCGCUCUCAGAGAGUAUAGAAACAGACUAGGGCAGUCAGAGUUUACUCAAAUUCAGUUGUAGUAAUUUGAGGGUAGACAUUUUUUUCAAUUGUGAUUGAUCGCAUUGUCUGAAAUCGUUGAAAAUAUGCUGAAAACAUCCCAAAUACAUCAUCUAUACAGCUAAAAACAACAAUGCAAUGUAGAAACAAGUUGACUUUGAGGUUAAAGAAAGUGUGCUUUCUCAAUUUACCUAAUUUUGCUAAACGUUACUUUAGACAAAAUCAAGACGUCAAUAUUCUUGUAAUGUUUAUUGUAGGAAAAAUCGUAAAUGACAGCUUAAUCAGAAUUUGCUAUUAAACGCGAUUAAUCAAAUCAAAUCAUGUUUUCUUUGUCACAUGAGCCGAAUACAACAGUGUAGACCUUACAGUGCGGUAGCAGAGAGAACAGUCUAUGCAUCAUCUGAAAGAUCUGUUGGGGCGGUAUGCAAAUUGGAGUGGGUCUAGGGUUUCUGGGAUAAUGGUGUUGAUGUGAGCCAUGACAAGCCUUUCAAAGCACUUCAUGGCUACAGACGUGAGUGCUAUGGGUCGGUAGUCAUUUAGGCAGGUUACCUUAGUGUUCUUGGGCACAGGGACUAUGGUGGUCUGCUUGAAACAUGUUGGUAUUACAGACUCAGUCAGGGACAUGUGAAAAUGUCAGUGAAGACACUUGCCAGUUGGUCAGCGCAUGCUCGGAGUACAUGUCCUGGUAAUCAAUCAAUCAAUCAAUCAAUUUUAUUUUAUAUAGCCCUUCGUACAUCAGCUAAUAUCUCGAAGUGCUGUACAGAAACCCAGCCUAAAACCCCAAACAGCUAGUAAUGCAGGUGUAGAAGCACGGUGGCUAGGAAAAACUCCCUAGAAAGGCCAAAACCUAGGAAGAAACCUAGAGAGGAACCAGGCUAUGAGGGGUGGCCAGUCCUCUUCUGGCUGUGCCGGGUGGAGAUUAUAACAGAACCAUGCUAAGAUGUUCAAAAAUGUUCAUAAGUGACAAGCAUGGUCAAAUAAUAAUCAGGAAUAAAUCUCAGUUGGCUUUUCAUAGCCGAUCAUUAAGAGUUGAAAACAGCAGGUCUGGGACAGGUAGGGGUUCCAUAACCGCAGGCAGAACAGUUGAAACUGGAAUAGCAGCAAGGCCAGGCGGACUGGGGACAGCAAGGAGUCACCACGGCCGGUAGUCCCGACGUAUGGUCCUAGGGCUCAGGUCUCUCAGUUGGCUUUUCAUAGCCGAUCAUUAAGAGUUGAAAACAGCAGGUCUGGGACAGGUAGGGGUUUCGUAACCGCAGGCAGAACAGUUGAAACUGGAAUAGCAGCAAGGCCAGGCGGACUGGGGACAGCAAGGUGUCAGCAUGCCCGGUAGUCCUGACGUAUGGUCCUAGGGCUCAGGUUCUCAGAGAGAAAGAGAGAACGAGAGAAUUAGAGAGAGCAUACUUAAAUUCACACAGGACACUGGAUAAGACAGGAGAAGUACUCCAGGUAUAACCAACUAACCCCAGCCCCCCGACACAUAAACUACUGCAGCAUAAAUACUGGAGGCUGAGACAGGAGCGGUCCGGAGACACUGUGGCCCCAUCCGAAGAAACCCCCGGACAGGGCCAAACAGGAAGGAUAUAACCCCACCCACUCUGCCAAAGCACAGCCCCCGCACCACUAGAGGGAUAUCCUCAACCACCAACUUACAAUCCUGAGACAAGGCCGAGUAUAGCCCACAGAGGUCUCCACCACAGCACAAACCAAGGGGGGGCGCCAACCCAGACAGGAAGAUCACGUCAGUAACUCAACCCACUCAAGUGACGCACCCCUCCUAGGGACGGCAUGAAAGAGCACCAGCAAGCCAGUGACUCAGCCCCUGUAACAGGGUUAGAGGCAGAGAACCCCAGUGGAGAGAGGGGAACCGGCCUGGCCCUGCGGCCUUGUGAAUGUUGACCUGUUUAAAAGUCUUACUCACAUCGGCUACGGAGAGCGUGAUCACACAGUCGUCCGGAACAGCUGAUGCUCUCAUGCAUGCUUCAGUGUGCUUGCCUCGAAGCGAGCAUAGAAGUAAUUUAGCUCGUCUGGUAGGCUUGUGUCACUGGGCAGCUCGCGGCUGUGCUUCCAUUUGUAGUCCGUAAUAGUUUGCAAGCCCUGCCACAUUCUACGAGCAUUGGAGCCGGUGUAGUACGAUUCGAUCUUAGUCCUGUAUUGACGCUUUGCCUGUUUGAUGAUUCGUCGGAGGGCAUAGUGGUAUUCAUAAUAAGCGUCCAGGUUAGAGUCCCGCUCCUUGAAAGUGGCAGCUCUACCCUUUAGCUCAGUGCGGAUGUUGCCUGUAAUCCAUGGCUUCUGGUUGGGGUAUGUACGUACGGUCACUGUGGGGAUGACGUCAUCUAUGCACUUAUUGAUGAAGCCAGUGACUGAUGUGGUGUACUCCUCAAUGUCAUCGGAAGAAUCCCGGAACAUAUUCCAGUCUGUGCUAGCAAAACAGUCCUGUAGCUUAGCAUCUGCGUCAUCUGACCACUUCUGUAUUGAGUGAGUCAUUGGUACUUCCUGCUUUAGUUUUUGCAUGUAAGCAGGAAUCAGGAGGAUAUAAUUAUGGUCAGAUUUGCCAAAUGGAGGGCGAGGGAGAGCUUUGUAUGCGUCUCUGUGUGUGGAGUAAAGGUGGUCUAGAGUUAUUUUUCCUCUGGUUGCACAUUUAACAUGCUGGUAGAAAUUAGGUAGAACGGAUUUAAGUUUCCCUGCAUUAAAGUCCCCGGCCACUAGGAGCGCCGCCUCUGGAUGAGCAUUUUCUUGUUUGCUUAUGGCCUUAUACAGUUCGUUGAGUGUGGUCUUAGUGCCAGCAUCAGUUUGUGGUGGUAAAUAGACAGCCAUGAAAAAUAUAGAUGAAAACUCUCUUGGUAAAUAGUGUGGUCUACAGUUUAUCAUGAGAUACUCUACCUCAGGCGAGCAAAACCUCAAGACUUCCUUAAAAUUAGAUUUUGUGCACCUGUCUUGUAUACAGUUCCUUGCAAAAGUAUACAUCCCCCUUGGCAUUUUUCCUAUUUUGUUGCAUUACAACCUGUAAUUUAAAUGGAUUUUUAUUUGGAUUUCAUGUAAUGGACAUACACAAAAUAGUCCAAAUUGGUGAAGUGAAAUUUUAAAAAUAACCUGUUUCAACAAAUUCUAAAAAAUACAUAACGGAAAAGUGGUGCGUGCAUAUGUAUUCACCCCCUUUGCUAUGAAGCCCCUAAAUAAGAUCUGGUGCAACCAAUUACCUUCAGAAGUCACAUAAUUAGUUAAAUAAAGUCCACCUGUGUGCAAUCUAAGUGUCACAUGAUCUGUCACAUGAUCUCAGUAUAUAUACACCUGUCCUGAACAGCCCCAGAGUCUGCAACACCACUAAGCAAGGGGCAUCACCAAGCAAGCGGCACCAUGAAGACCAAGGAGCUCUCCAAACAGGUCAGGGACAAAGUUGUGGAGAAGUACAGAUCAGGGUUGGGUUAUAAAAAAAUAUCAGAAACUUUGAACAUCCCACGGAGCACCAUUAAAUCCAUUAUAAAAAAAUGGAAAGAAUAUGGCACCACAACAAACCUGCCAAGAAAGGGCCGCCCACCAAAACUCACGGACCAGGCAAGGAGGGCAUUAAUCAGAGAGGCAACAAAGAGACCAAAGAUAACCCUGAAUGAGCUGCAAAGCUCCACAGCGGAGAUUGGAGUAUCUGUCCAUAGGACCACUUUAAGCCGUACACUCCACAGAGCUGGGCUUUACGGAAGAGUGGCCAGAAAAAAGCCAUUGCUUAAAGAAACAAAUAAGCAAACACGUUUGGUGUUCACCAAAAGGCAUGUGGGAGACUCGCCAAACAUAUGGAAGAGGUACUCUGGUCAGAUGAGACUAAAAUUGAGCUUUUUGGCCAUCAAGGAAAACGCUAUGUCUGGUGCAAACCCAACACCUCUCAUCACCCCGAGAACUCCAUCCCCACAGUGAAGCACGGUUGUAGCAGCAUCAUGAUGUGGGGAUGUUUAGCAUCGGCAGGGACUGGGAAACUGAUCAGAAUUGAAGGAAUGAUGGAUGGCGCUAAAUACAGGGAAAUUCAUGAGGGAAACCUGUUUCAGUCUUCCUGAGAUUUGAGACUGGGACGGAGGUUCACCUUCCAGCAGGACAAUGACCCUAAGCAUACAGCUAAAGCAACACUCGAGUGGUUUAAGGGGAAACAUUUAAAUGUCUUGGAAUGGCCUAGUCAAAGCCCAGACCUCAAUCCAAUUGAGAAUCUGUGGUAUGACUUAACGAUUGCUGUACACCAGCAGAACCCAUCCAACUUGAAGGAGCUGGAGCAGUUUUGCCUUGAAGAAUGGGCAAAACUCCCAGUGGCUAGAUGUGCCAAGCUUAUAGAGACAUACCCAUUUUUACAUUUACAUUUUAGUCAUUUAGCAGAAGCUCUUAUCCACAGCGACUUACAGUUAGUGAAUACAUUUAUGUUUUAAAUAUUUUUUAAUACUGGCCCCCCGUGGGAAACGAACCCACAACCCUGGCGUUGCAAACGCCAUGCUCUAUCAACUGAGCUACAUCCCUGCCGGCCAUUCCCUCCCCUACCCUGGACGACGCUGGGCCAAUUGUGCGCUGUCCAUGAGUCUCCCGGUCGCGGCCGGCUGCGACAGAGCCUGGAUUCGAGCCAGGAUCUCUAGUGGCAGACCACUGCGCCACUCAGGAGUACCCCAAGAGACUUGAAUUUUAAACAAAGUCACGGGUCUGGGUCGGAUCUGAUAUGAUUGUCACGGGUCUCGGGUAUGUGUAAUUUUAACUGACUUGUCCGGAAGGGCCCGUACAGAUCCGAAUGCGACUGCUGCAGUAAUCUAUGCUGCUGCUCCUGCUUUUCACGAGUGUGGAGCAUGGCGCGUGUAGCAUUUUGUUGUUGUUGGCCAAUCAUAAGUCAUCAAAGCGGUAAUAGGCUACAGUCAUAGAGCCUCCAUGAGUGGCAAAAGUUAGGGGAUAUCUAAUGAAUGGAAGAUGGAAUUAAAAUGGCAGAACUAAAAGGAGAAGGAUAGGCUACAACGACCAAGAGCCAACAGGUAGGCUGCUACUUAAUAUUCUGAAUGGAGUUUUUGUAACUGUAGGAUGAGAAAGCGAAUGCACUGCAGCCUCAAUUAGCCUAGCUAGAUAGAUUUCUCCCGUUUUGAUGCAGUCAAGACAGGUACUAUGUAAUCAUAUUUUAAGAUAAAUAAUCUAGCUAUGGCAGCUAUUAGUCUACUAUAGCUCGAGUCGUCUCUCCCACCUACUCCCCAUGUCACUCACUCACAGUACGGCCCCUCCCCCACCUGCUAGAGAUGCACCUCUCUCCCCCGCCUCUCGCACUUUAGCAGCUCCAAUGACUAAAGUAGCUUAAAUUAUGACUUUUCUGCUGCUUCCCUCACUCAGAUCAGACCGGAUAGGGUCUGGAUCUGACCAGGUUUAUACGGAACAGGUCUAGUUGUCCUCCGGUUAGUUCGGAACAGGUCUCUAUAUUUAAAAAAAAAAUAGUUAUGCAUAUCGGGUCCGGGUGGGAAAGCCCCAGGUCCAUUUCGGAAUGGGUCCAACUUUUUGGACCCAUGAAGACCUCUAUCUGUAGCUACCACUACCUCCUCACUACACACUGUACAUCAGAUGCCUCCCUAUGAUCACAUGUUAUAUUAAACCACCUUUCUUACCAGAUGCUGAAGUGGGUUAUGAUUUGCUGUUCUCUCAUUUGGGCCUUCAAUUCAUCAAACAUUUACCAUACAGUAAACACAAUAGCAUACAUGUUGUAUUAUAGAUGAAUGCCUAGCUGGCCAUCAGAAUGUGUUCUCUCUGAGUUGGUGACCCCAUGGGUUUUAUUAUUGGGUUCUGUCAGACAGAGGUUGUAAUGCGGACUUGUCUUGCUAAGGUGCUGCUGGUGGUUUGCUGUGUGGUGUGUGCUCAUGGAUUACAUUUACAUCAUGCUUUUCACUCUUGUGUAUGGUAGUACAGUCCUAUCCUCCACAAAUGUGUAGAGCUUUUUGUGUGGUUGUGUAUUUUGCAGUAGGCCAAUAAUGUGGUUUAAGCUUUGUUGGUUGUGUGUUUUGCAGUAGAAGUGUGUUAACAAAGGUUUGUUGGUUGUGUGUUUUGCAGUAGUAGUGUGUUAACAAAGGUUUGUUGGUUGUGUGUUUUGCAGUAGUAGUGUGUUAACAAAGGUUUGUUGGUUGUGUGUUUUGCAGUAGUAGUGUGUUAACAAAGGUUGUUGGUUGUGUGUUUUGCAGUAGUAGUGUGUUAACAAAGGUUUGUUGGUUGUGUGUUUUGCAGUAGUAGUGUGUUAACAAAGGUUUGUUGGUUGUGUGUUUUGCAGUAGUAGUGUGUUAACAAAGGUUUGUUGGUUGUGUGUUUUGCAGUAGUAGUGUGUUAACAAAGGUUGUUGGUUGUGUGUUUUGCAGUAGUAGUGUGUUAACAAAGGUUUGUUGGUUGUGUGUUUUGCAGUAGUAGUGUGUUAACAAAGGUUGUUGGUUGUGGUUUUGCAGUAGUAGUGUGUUAACAAAGGUUUGUUGGUUGUGUGUUUUGCAGUAGUAGUGUGUUAACAAAGGUUUGUUGGUUGUGUGUUUUGCAGUAGUAGUGUGUUAACAAAGGUUUGUUGGUUGUGUGUUUUGCAGUAGUAGUGUGUUGUUAAAGGUGUUGUGUGUGUUGUGUUCCAGGUAUGGUACUAGUGUUUGUGGUGUGGAUGAAGCGCAGAGAGAAGGAGAGACAGACCAAACAGCUACUGAUCGACCCAGAGGACGAUGUCAGAGAUAACAUCCUGAAAUACGACGAGGAGGGAGGGGGAGAGGAGGACCAGGUACACACACACACACCACACACUGAGACACACACACACUCAGAGACACACACACACAGAUACAGACUUAUAAACAUAUACAUGUAUAUUUACAGUAUAUAUCACAUACACACAUAUAUUACACAUACACCCACAAACACUGAGUGCAAGUUAGUUAUGUCUUGAGGUUGACUGUAUCAUCUGUCUGUGUGUGUCUCUGUGCAGGACUAUGACCUAAGCCAGCUGCAGCAGCCUGACUCUCUGGAACACAUCAUCAGUAAGCCCCAGGGGGUACGGAGGGUGGAUGAGCGCCCCAUCAUCCCUGAGUCCCAGUAUCCCAUCCGACCUGCGAUCCCCCACCCUGGGGACAUCGGGGACUUCAUCAACGAGGUGAGGGGGGCAACCAGGGGUCAUAUUAUUGUUUUGUUUAUUUCUUUAUCAAGAUACCGUUUAGUCCAUCAGCACUUUUCUACUUGUGACUUGACACAAACACAGACACAAUUCCACAUACAAGGCACAAUGACUAACCUACAAUACACAACUUCAAACACACAACAUGAGACAUUGAAAUAAAAAAUGAAUAUAUCUGUAAAUACAUGGUGGUGCAUAUACUGUGUACCUCCUUAUUUCUAAGAUACAUUUGAUUCACCUUCUGUUUCAGGUAAAUGUGUGAGAUCUGAGGAUAAUAUUGCUUAAAUGUAGGCAUUUUCUGCAUGCUGUUUGUUUACAGGCUUCAAUGCUCUGAGCUCUGGCAACAGUGGAGAUGGAGAUUACCUGACAGCUGUUAUCACACACACAAACACAUACACAUACAUGUACGCACACACGCGCGUGUUUGUAACUCAUGCAAGAAGGCUUUGAUUGACAGGCGCCAUGACAACAUGUUCACACUUGAGAAGUAUUGGCAGCUGUUCAGCUUUGAUCCAUCCUGCCUACACAUACACACACACACACACACACACACUGAUCUCGCUCCAUCAGUCUGGCAAAACACAAACACAUGGUGGCUCGGCUGCCCACUGUAUCCUCCUCCUUGGGGAUUCUACAUCCCUGCCAAUGACAUCACUUUGUCACUCCCAAUAUAUUGCCUGUAUGCCAACACUUCCCAUCUCCUCUCUGGUGUUUCCUCAGCCUGUGUAUGUUAUCUUACUGAAAGCCUACCCUCCUCUGUCUCUAUAUAGUACUAUACACUAACCUUGCUAAUCCUGUUGGCCUACGCUGUGGUGUUUCCUCAGCCUGUGUUUUUAUUAACUCCCUCCCUCCCUCCGUCCAGGUCAGCCUGUGUUCUAUUAAAGUGGAACUGACAGCGUUUUAACUACUUUGCAGAUAUGAAACAAACAGACAAUCGUAAUAUCAGUCCAAAAUAUAAAAUUCCCAGUUUAUGCUACAAAACCAACUUUAUAAGAGGUUUUAAAAAUAGGUUAUAUUUCAUUCAACAUUCCAUGACGUACACUAAGCCAUUGUUGGCAUUCGGGAAGCACUGUUUCAGUUUCAAUGACUCAAUAUUUUUGACAAACACGGACAAAUAUAACUAAGGCUGGGAAUGUCAAUAUAAUCAAACUAGCAAGGGCAAUGAUCACAAGUCAGUUAUAGCGUGGCUAAUAGGCUAGUGUAUCUAUUUAUGUAGCAAGCUAAAAACACAGAGCUUAACGUUAGCUAGAUAGCUAGCUAGCUGCUAGGAGGAUGUCAUGUCAUGUCAUGCCAUUGGAGGAGUGGGUGAGUGACUGACUUUUUCCCCUCAUAUCGUUUUUCAGUGGCUAUACACAGCUAGAGAUGCAGGUGUCAUUUGGUUAGCUUGCAAGAACUUGAACAACAGUUAUCCAGUUAGCAUAUCUCUUGCGUUCACAAAUUCACUCUGGCUAUGUAAUCUGAUUUCAGAGCAAUCUAGUCUGAGUGUGGCAGAGCGCAGAAUAACUGAUGAAUUUACGAACGCGCAAAACCCGCUGAAUAUGACCGGUGUCAGUAAACUUAGGCAAAAAAAAGUAAUAGUGGUGUCACGAACACUCUAGAUAACAUGUAAACAGCCUAACCAGCUCUGCUACGGCGAGUAAAAUGGUCAGAGUGAGGUGUUCUCUCAUUUGUGUCUGGAAGUAGCUAGCUAGCAAGCUAGCCAACUUUAGCCAGUUAGUUUGGGUGCUUGGUUGGGACAAGCAUGCAUUGGCAGGCAAGCUGCAGAUGGACAAGUAGGCUACAAUUCCCCAUCGUUUAUCAGUGCAAUUUUGAUGGCCAACUAGCUGAAAAAGUUUGAGUGGGUUUAUCUAAUGUUCCUUAGUUAGAUUUUAUCUAAUCUUGCUCUGGCUAGUAUUAGUUGUUGAUCUUGUUAUUGUUGAUGUGUAUAACUGAGGGAGAGAGAGCCUACCUUUUCAUGGUUGUUUGAUCAAUAGGACUGUACAGUUCCCAAAUGUAAGAGGACUCCCGUGGUAUUUACAUAUUUUCAGAAAUCCAUUCAGGUGUAUUUUGUGGCUUUUGGCAAAUGCGUUCUAAUGAUCUAAAAUCGCGCUGUUGCAACUGCCUGUAAACACACAGUCCAGUUCAAAGUGAAUGAUGGCAGGCCAAUGUGGCAAAUGGCUUGUUUGCAUAAAGGCCUACUGUAGCUCUGAUUGGCUAUAGCGCACCGGUCUGCGUAGACUCUUGUCUUGGAUGAGACAGAUGUUUUUAUUCGGUUUUGUUUACUGCAGUGUCUAUUAGUUGUCCAAACGCACGGCCGCUUUCCCACUCUAUAUUUUCACAAAUGCCUUAGUAUACAGUAUGUAAUUCCCAAACAUUCUAAUAAUUUAUGAAAACGUGAAAAUGACCAUAUCUAAGUCCUCGCUUGUUUUAAAAAAAGUGUAAUAUUCUUCCUGGGGGUGUAUAUGAACCAAUUUUAAUAAGAUUUAAUGUUGCCAAAAUACUGUCAGUUCCACUUUAUAGCUCCCUCCCUCCAGGUGAGCCUGUGUUCUAUUAGUAUACAGUAUGUAAUUGUGACACUCUGGCUCUAUGGACUUUAUAAUUGAGCCAGGGUUGUUCAUUUUCAUGUGUUUGGGUGUAUUUCAUUUGGUGGUGUUGGGGAUGGGUGAGUUUCAUUUUGUUUGUGUCUAUGGUGAUUGGUCUAUGACUCCCAAUCGGAGGUAACGAGUGUCAGCUGUCGGCUCGUUAUCUCUGAUUGGGAGCCAUAUAUAUUCUGUUUGUUUUCUCUUUUGUUUUGUGGGUUAUUGUUUCUGUGUUGCUGUUAGUCUGUAUCAGUAGUUUGAACUUCACGUAUCGUCAUUUGUUGUUUUCUUCGUGGUUGCUUUAAAUAAUAAAGUCAUCAUGUUCACUCCACGCGCUGCGUAUUGGUCCGCUCCUUCAGACGAUCGUGACAGAAUAACCCACCACAAAAGGACCAAGCAGCGUAACAAGCGGCAACAGGACCUACCUACACAGGAGUUAUGGACGCCUCCUAAGGAUUUUUGGACAUGGGAGGAGAUUCGGGCUGGAAAGGGUCCUUGGGCACAACCGGAGGAAUAUCACCGCCCUCGUGAAGAGCUGGAGGCAGCCAAAGCCGAGAGGAGGUGGUACGAGGAGGCAGCGCGAAGGCGAGGCUGGAAGCCCGUGGAAGAGAGGCAACCCCAAUAAAUUUUUUGGGGGGGGCACAUGGCUUGGGCAGCUGGGCAGCAGGAGGCUGCCACAGGGAGAAAAGGAGAGAAGGCUAACGGAGUACGGGAGCCAUUGGCGAGUAGAAGGAGGGAAGUUGUUGUGGCACGGCAUGAGAGACUGAAGUGUGUUACCAGUCCGGUCCGGCCCGUUCCUGAUCCCCAGUUAAGGCCAGUGGUGUGUGUUCCCGGUAUGGACCGGCCUGUUCCUACUCCACGCACCAGGACCACGAUGUGCGUCGCCAGCCGGCCAGAGUCUGCCGUCUGCCCAACGGCGCCUGAACUGGCCGUCUGCCCAACGGCGCCGGAACUGCCCGUCUGCCCUAGGGCGUCUGAACUGCCCGUCUGCCAAGCGCUGCAUAAGCCGCCCGUCUGUACUGAGCCUGCAAAGCCGCCCGUCUGCCAUGAGCCUUCAGAGCCGUCCGCCAGAUCGGAGCCGCUAGAGCCUUCCGCCAGACAGGAGCCGCUAGAGCCUUCCGCCAGACAGAAUCAUACACCUGCUAUGGAAUCAGCAGGAGCCGACGCAGCCCAUACUAGACUGGAAGCUCAGGUUCGGGACCAGCAAGAGCAGCUCCUGCAGAUGGGAGCCGCCCUGCUGGAGGUGAUGACUGCAAUCCGAGGCUGGGGUCCGCCUCCACCGCCAGCCGCCCAGCCAGCACCAUCAGCCAGCCAUGAGCAGCCAGAUCCGUCAGCCAGCCAUGAGCAGCCAGAUCCAUCAGCCAGCCAUGAGCAGCCAGAUCCGUCAGCCAGCCAUGAGCAGCCAGAUCCGUCAGCCAGCCAUGAGCAGCCAGAUCCGUCAGCCAGCCAUGAGCAGCCAGAUCCGUCAGCCAGCCAUGAGCAGCCAGACCCGUCAGCCAGCCAUGAGCAGCCAGACCCGUCAGCCAGCCAUGAGCAGCCAGAUCCGUCAGCCAGCCAUGAGCAGCCAGAUCCGUCAGCCAGCCAUGAGCAGCCAGAUCCGUCAGCCAGCCAUGAGCAGCCAGAGCCGUCCAGCCAGGAUCCGCCAGAGCCGUCCAGCCAGGAUCCGCCAGAGCCGUCUAGCCAGGAUCCGCCAGAGCCGUCCAGCAAGGAUCCGCCAGAGCCGUCCAGCCAGGAUCCGCCAGAGCCGUCCAGCCAGGAUCCGCCAGAGCCGUCCAGCCGGGAUCCGCCAGAGCCGUCCAGCCGGGAUCCGCCAGAGCCGUCCAGCCGGGAUCCGCCAGAGCCGUCCAGCCGGGAUCCGCCAGAGCCGACCAGCCGGGAUCCGCCAUUCAGCCUGGUACUGCCCCUUAGUCCGGUGCUGCCCCUUAUCCCGGUGCUGCCCCUUAUCCCGGUGCUGCCCCUUAGGCCGAUGCUGCCCCUUAGUCCGGUGUUGCCCCUUAGUCCAGGUGGGGUUAGUUGGAGGGUGGUCAUUGGGAGGAGGCUACCGAAGCAGGUUGUGACUGUGGUGGGGUGGGGAUCACGACCGGGGCCAGAGCCGCCACCGUGGACAGACGCCCACCCAGACCCUCCCCUAGUCCUGAUGUUGGUGCGCCCGGAGUUCGCACCUUUAGGGGGGGGUACUGUGACACUCUGGCUCUAUGGACUUUAUAAUUGAGCCAGGGUUGUUCAUUUUCAUGUGUUUGGGUGUAUUUCAUUUGGUGGUGUUGGGGAUGGGUGAGUUUCAUUUUGUUUGUGUCUAUGGUGAUUGGUCUAUGACUCCCAAUCGGAGGUAACGAGUGUCAGCUGUCGGCUCGUUAUCUCUGAUUGGGAGCCAUAUAUAUUCUGUUUGUUUUCUCUUUUGUUUUGUGGGUUAUUGUUUCCGUGUUGCUGUUAGUCUGUAUCAGUAGUUUGAACUUCACGUAUCGUCAUUUGUUGUUUUCUUCGUGGUUGCUUUAAAUAAUAAAGUCAUCAUGUUCACUCCACGCGCUGCGUAUUGGUCCGCUCCUUCAGACGAUCGUGACAGUAAUUCCCAAACGUUCUAAUAAUUUAUGAAAACGUGAAAAUGACCAUAUCUAAGUCCUCGCUUGUUUUUAAAAAAGUGUCAUAUUCUUCCUGGGGGUGUAUAUGAACCAAUUUUAAUAAGAUUUAAUGUUGCCCAAAUACUGUCAGUUCCACUUUAUAGCAACCUCCCUCCCUCCAGGUGAGCCUGUUUACUAUUAACUCUCUCCUCCCUCUAUCUCCCUCCAGGGUUUGCGGGCAGCAGACAACGACCCCACGGCCCCUCCCUAUGACUCCCUCCUGGUGUUUGACUACGAGGGCAGUGGCUCCACGGCCGGGUCCGUCAGCUCCCUCAACUCCUCCAGCACAGGGGACCAGGACUACGACUACCUCAACGACUGGGGCCCCCGCUUUAAGAAGCUGGCCGAUAUGUACGGGGGAGGGGAAGACGACUAG